AUGCCCUCCAGGAGCGAUUCCAGCUACUCGCUGACGGCCCGCACAACGUCCCGCAGCUUCACGCACCUCCGCGUCCGGCGGGCCUGGCUCCAGAUCAUCCUCCUCCUCGGCUUCGUUCAGAUGAUCCUGGGCGUCUUGAUCGUGACGUUGAGCCUGCUGGUAACCACCAACAUGCCCUCGCAGAGCCACAUCCGGAACGCAUGUCCUAUCUGGGCUGGUUUUCCGGUGAGUGCAUCUUGCAUAGCACAGCUGGGUGAAACCUCAGGCUUUCCCCAGAUCCAUUUUUGGAUCCAUUAUUGAUAGAUAUUGGGCUUCCCCCACCUUCCCCAUCCAGCACACAUUGAUUUAAAUGUUUCUAGCCAUUUGCAGAUGAUGUUUUAAAAGAAGAAGAAGGGGGAAAGGCAAAAAAAAGCCUGAUGUUAUUUACUUAUUUAACAGAUUUCUGGGAUGCCAUCCAUCAGCCAACACUUCCAAGAAAGAUCUUUUUAAAAAACAAACAAACUACCCACUAAUUAACACUGAAAUCAGCAGCAAAACUGAAAGCAAGUUGAUAAGUAGCAAUCAUAAUUAAAAUAUACAGCAGAAAAUCCACUGAAAGCCCAGGGAAAUCAAAAACGUAUAAGCUGGAUCUGGAGAGACAAACAAAAUAGAUACCAGCUAACUGUCCCAAGGUUAAGAAUUAUACAGUUAGGGAGCCACCACUAUAAAGGCCCUGUCUGAUUUCACCACCCACCUCACCUCUGGCAGAGGCGCCUGGAAGUUGGGCCUCUGAUGCAGAUUGCCAUUAAUAGGCAAUAGGUUCACAUGACAGCACUGAGAGCAAGUAGUCAUUCCAGUUCAUUAAUUACUCAAUAAAAGAGAAUAAACUACUCUGCAGACACAGCGGGUGUUUCACCAGGGGGGUUCUGAAUUUCAAGUUCUCCCUGGUUUGGCAAACUUUUAUUUGGUCUCUCAUCACGUCUAUUUGAUUUAGGCAUUUUAACGUUGGUUAGCGUUGGUUUUUACUUUUAUAGGGUUAAACUUGUGGGUAUAGGGUGGUAUAUAAAUUCAAACAACAACAACAACGUAAUUAUUUACAGAUACAUUUCUAAAUACUGCCAUAUUGUAAAAUAUCAAGGCGAUGUUGUGUGACAAACUGGUGAACUGGAAUAUUCACUCCCCCAUGAAUGGGAAGUCAAUUGGGGGCCACAGGCAGUGGUGGGGUGGACCCACAGCCAAAAGACUGUGUUGGACCUCUGAGGGUGGCAGAGGGCCUCCUCUGCUGAUCUCAGCACCCAAGGGCGUCUCAAGGGAAGGAACCAGCCUUCCAGUCCUUUAGAGCUUCAAACUAGUGUGAACACUUUAAAUUAUGCCCAAAAAGCAACCGGCAAUUCAUCUGCUUUAGAACACGGUUUUAUGAGUUCCGCCUGGCCUUUCAGAUGGACUCAGUCUAUCCCCCCUCUCAUUUUUUUAUUAUUAUUUAUUAUUAUUAGAUGGAACCCCUUAUAUGGGAUUUGUAUAUGAAUUUUCCCUUGGCUCUUUUUGCUGGCCCAUGUAGGACCAGCAUGGAUAGUUGGCCCCGGUGAAUAUUUGACGUUUUCUCCCCUUAUGGCUUUGAUCUAUGGGCUACCACUAAAACGAGGCUGCAUUUUAAGCUGUAUUUUAAACUGUAUUCUAACCAUAGCUGUCAACUUUCCCCUUUUCUUGCAAGGCAUCCUAUUCGGAAUAAGGGAAUUUCCCUUUAAAAAAGGGAAAAGUUGACAGCUAUGAUUCUAACUUAUAUUUUAAUCAACUGUUUUUUGUUUUAAUGUUUUUACUGUAUUUAUAUUCAGUGUUAGCCGCCCUGAGCCCAGUCUUGGCCAGGGAGGGUGGGGUAUAAAUAAAAAAUUAUUAUUAUUAUUAUUAUAAAGGCAACCCCAACCAGUAAUCUGGCUGCUGCCAUUUUGCACCAAACUGAGUCGUCUUCUAGGGCAGCCCCACGUACAGCGCACGGCAGUCCUCUAGCACCCAAUCUCUAAAUAUCUCUGAGAGGAGGGCCUGGAACCUCAAACGACACAAAGAUACUUGGCCCCUGCCCCCUUCUGAGCAUUGUUUACACUGAGAUCUAACAAAAUCCUGCUCAGAAUAGACCCAUUGCAGCCAGUUGGCCUCAGUUAACCCUUGAGCAUUAAUAUCAGUGGGUCUCCUCGGAGCAGGACUUAGCUUUAGGCACCAAUCCUCCGUUUCCUCAGCUCGAGGCAGUUUCUGCCGGCUCUGUUUUCAAUCACAUCGCUUAUAAAAAAAAAAUGUAAUCAUGAAUAAUUUAGAGCGAAUGAACUCCAUUAUAAAAUAAUAAUAAUAAAAUCCACAGCCUACUGAGAAAUGUUGCGUCCCUCCUCUGCUAUCAGAGUCAACUCGGCUGCCAGCAGCCAUGGGAAAGAACGCUGAGCUUUGCAGCCUCUCUCCCCUGUUUAAUCCGGGACAGAGAUGUGCCAACUUAUUCCAGGAGGUCCUUCCUAGCAACUGCUAAAAAAAAUCUCUGUGAUUCGGUCACGCUUUCUGCAACUGUAUUUGAGCUGAAACAGCUUCGAAACCGGAACUUCUCCAGUUUUUUUGUUUGUAGCACAAUUCUGCAGCUGAGCAACGUGCAUGAACAUGCAUGCGCUGAGGUAAAGCGUGCCUAAAAAUGUGUAUGCUAAAGAAAAGAGCAGGCCAAAAUGUAUUGCAUGUGGGGAAAUGUAAAUGUGAGGGGAAUACACUUUGCAAAAAUGUGUAUUUUAGGCAAUGCUGCAUAGAAAAGCAUGCCCGUUAGGUUCGCACUAAAAUGCUGGCAAUUUAUUGUGAAGAAAUGGUUGUUUUUUAAAACAAACCAUACAGUGAUGUGAAAAUAGGGGAGAACUGAGCUUAAGAUUUUAAAAUCAUUAUUAUUAUUUAUUAAAUUUGUAUGCCAACUUUUAGCUAUCGAUCUCAGAGCCGUUGACAACAUAAAACUGCAAUAUAAAAAGCACCAAAUACAAUAUAAAGAACAACAACAAACCAAUAAUGCCCCCCCCACCAUAUAUUUAAAAGGGCAUCGGAUGUCAGCUCAGGGCCUGGUUAAAUAGGAACACUUUCUCCUGGUGCCUAAAAGUUUAUAAUGAGGGCACCAGGCGAGCCUCCCUGGGGAGGGCAUUCCACAAUUGGGAGCCACCACAGAAAAGGCCUGUUCUCGUGUUACCGCCAUCCACACCUUUUGUGGAGGAGGCACUCAGUGAAGGGCCUCAUAAGAUGAUCUCAGGGUCUGGGUAGGUUCAUAUGGAAAGAGGUGGUGCUUGAGGUAUUGCGGUCCUGAGCUGUUUAAGGCUUUAUAGAUCAAAAACAGCACUUUGAAUUGGGCCUGGAAACUAAUUGGCAGCCAGCGCAGUCGGACCAGGAUCGGUGUGAUAUGCUCACAUCGCCGUGCCCUGGUGAGCAACCUGUCCGCUGAAUUCUGCACUAGCUGAAGUUUCCAGACCAUCUUCAGAGGCAGCCCUUUGGAAAAAUGAGAAAAGCUUCAAUUAAUGGAGCGAAAGCUUCCAGUUUGAGGAGACAUGUUUCUUCUUUUGAAAACAAAAUGGGCCAUACCACCCCUGGCCAAGCUCUCAGCAGCUUCCUCCUCACCUAGAGAAGACCAGCAGUGGUCACUCGAAGCCACUGGUAGAUCUUUGUCAACCAAGGCAACCUCUCUUCUCUGUGUGUCUUGAUCUCUAGUUGGCAUUCUCCGGAGUGGUUGGCAUCGUCUCCUGGAGGCGCCCGUUCACCCCGGUGGUAAGUACUGACGCUUCAUUCGUGUUUGGAAUAAACUAGUCUAGCGUGGUGUAGUGGUUAAGAGCGGUAGACUCGUAAUCUGGGGAACCAGGUUCGAUUCCCCGCUCCUCCACAUGCAGCUGCUGGGUGACCUUGGGCCAGUCACACUUCUCUGAAGUCUCUCAGCCCCACUCACCUCACAGAGUGUUUGUUGUGGGGGAGGAAGGGAAAGGAAAAUGUUAGCCGCUUUGAGAGUCCUUAAAGGGAGUGAAAGGCGGGAUAUCAGAUCCAAACUCUUCUUCUUCUUCUUAACACAGUUAACUGAAUUAGUUCAGAAAUCUCUGGGCUGCGCCUGAAAGUCGUUCCAGUAACUGCCAAGUUAAAUGAACACAAAGAAAGUUCUUUUGGCGGUGGAACUUUGGAAGGUUUCUAGUUCAUUUUCAAGUUCAUUCUCUUCAUUUGCUUUUUUAAAAAAAAUAAGCUUUGGACUUUUCGGGCCAUUAAAGUACAUAAUUGAUGGGGGAAAUACAUGGGAAAAAACCAUUCACACACCACUGUAUGUUUUGAUGUUUGCUUCAUCUUCUUUCAGUAUAUAGUGGUACCUCAGGUUAUGAACUUAAUUCAUUUGGAAGGUCUGUUUUUAACCCGAAACCGUUCUUAACCUGAGGCGUGCUUUAGCUAAUGCGGCCUCCUGCUGCCGCCUCGCUGCUGCCGCGCGAUUUCUGUUCUCAUCUUGGGGCAAAGUUCUCAACCUGAGGUACUAUUUCCGGGUUAGCGGAGUUUGUAACCCGAAGUGUUUGUAACCCAAGGUACCACCGUAUUCUAUACUUCAGCAGCCUGCAACUGUCUGAAUGUUGAGGAUCAUUCGGACGAACUUGAAUCGAACUCUGGACUGAACGAGUUUGCUUUGUAAAGGGACGGUCGUUCGCCGGAAUCUGUUCCUCUUUGGACGUCUUGAACUUGAACCAAAAUGAGUUCCGUUUCAGAACGAACUUCCCAAGCUCUGAAAAGCAAAUGUUCUUAGGAAACACAAAGGGGGAAAGGGUUGAUGUGCCGAAGGAAGGCUCAGCAGGCAUAAAUGGAAACAAAUUGUCAAGAAACGCAUUUAUACUUAGGAUACCUUCCAGCUGAGGUUGUGCCAAAGGCUUUAUGGAAAAGGUGGGUUCUGAGGAGGCCUCUGAAUGGAAGGCGGGUGGAGAGAGGCAUUAUCGUUCCAAAAGUGGGGCAUCAUGAGAUCGAGAGAAAAAGAGAGAGAGAGAGGAGUUGUCUUAGAAGGAAACCAACAGACAGGUGAGAGGGACAUGAUUAGGGCUGGGCAAUAUAUUAAUAUAUUGUCCAAAACUGGUUUGUAGUCCCUAUCAUGAUAUCGGUUUCAUAAUUUUUGACCUAGCAAUAUCUCACAAACCAUAAUACGUGUGUGCGUUUGUGUGCUAUGCAAAAAUCACAACAUGCGAAAAACCAUGAAGCCAGCCUAGCUCCAUACUUAUUUCAGACAUUGUGAUAUAUCAGUAUAUCGCGAUGUUGGUGAACCGGAUAUCACGAUGUUGAAAAUCAGAUAUCACCCAGCCCUAGACAUGAUAAAGGUAAAGGGACCCCUGACCAUUAGGUCCAGUCGUGGCCGACUCUGGGGUUGCGGCGCUCAUCUCGCUUUAUUGGCCGAGGGAGCCGGCGUACAGCUUCUGGGUCAUGUGGCCAGCAUGACUAAGCCGCUUCUGGCGAACCAGAGCAGCGCACAGAAACACCGUUUACCUUCCUGCCAGAGCAGUACCUAUUUAUCUACUUGCACUUUGACGUGCUUUCAGACUGCUAGGGUGGCAGGAGCAGGGACCGAGCAACGGAAGCUCACCCCGUCGCGGGGAUUCGAACCGCCGACCUUUUGAUCGGCAAGUCCUAGGCUCUGUGGUUUAACCCACAGCGCCACCCGUGUCUAGACAUGAUAGAUGUGCUUAAAAUGCUGCAAGUGGACAAGAGGAAAGUUUCUCUCUCUCUUUCCUAUAACGCUGGAAUUUGAGGACAUCGGAUGAAGUCAAUUGAGGGGAAGAUUCGGGUGUCAGACAAAAGAGUCGUUUUUUCCGCAUGGCACCUACUGUGGAACUCACUCCUGCAAGAAUUUGCGACAGCCACUAACCUGGACAGCUGUAAAAGAGAAUUUUGUGGAGGAUAAGGUUGUCAAAAUGCUACUAGCCAGGAUGAAAUUUGUUCUCCCUCUGCUUUGUGCUGUUGUGGAAGUCCUCCUUUCCCAGCUCUACUCUGUAGGGUCUAACCCUACUGGUAGCACCUUCCAUUGCGUGGCGAGUUCCCACCUCCCCCAUGUGGAAAUAAAGACACAUGACGCAAAUAUUUAGGUUAAUGGGCAAAAAAUGGCCACAACUUUAUUGGUUACAGGAAUGAGUGGUAUUGGCUUAGGCAUUGGUCCUAACCGACUAUCCGGCUUCAGCCCGAUUGCUUGAAGACCGGGAAGGGUUAACCACCAGUAGGGGGAGUCCCAGUAGUGAUGUAUGGAAGUGAAAGCUGGACCAUAAAGAAGGCUGAUCCCCGAAGAAUUGAUGCUUUUGAAUUAUGGUCCUGGAGGAGACUCUUGAGAGUCCCAUGGCCUACAAGAAGAUCAAACCUAUCCAUUCUGAAGGAAAUCAGCCCUGAGUGCUCACUAGAAGGACAGAUCCUGAAGCUGAGGCUCCAGUACUUUGGCCACCUCAUGAGAAGAGAAGACUCCCUGGAAAAGACCCUGAUGUUGGGAAAGAUGGAGGGCACAAGGAGAAGGGGACGACAGAGGACGAGAUGGUUGGACAGUGUUCUCGAAGCUACCAGCAUGAGUUUGACCAAACUGCGGGAGGCAGUGGAAGACAGGAGUGCCUGGUGUGCUCUGGUCCAUGGGGUCACAAAGAGUCAGACACGACUAAACAACAACAAGGGGGAGUCCUGCUGAUGCACAUCAACUAGGAACUCUCCUGGGGUCACCGAUAGGGGGCGUGCCUUAGGUCCUCACCUCCAUAGGCUUCGGACAGGCCCACGCCCUCCAGAAUCCUUUACCGGACUACCCUUCGAUAUUCAGGGGAGGUGACGGCGCUUCCUCCCCCCUUCAUCUACAUGACAAUACCCCUACCAAUGCCUAACCCCCAAUGCCGAGGAAGUUGUGACGAUUUGCUACGAGACAGGCGAAAAACCAAGUGGCUGUUGCCAAUUUGCCAAGUGGAAAAAAUUCCUACCAGGCCCCUUAACGGCGACCAACCGAGGUCCAUAGCAAGGUCAAAAGGAAAACCUAAAGGGUGGGAAACCCGAUGAGCUGAGGUGGCAAAAGAGGGAGAUCCCUGGCCGCGCCAGUGUGAUAUCGCGCAAGCCACGCCCCCCCGGCCAACUGAUUGGCUGGCCAGGGGAUGACGCGGCCAGGGAUCCCCUCAAUCGCGCAGAGGCUGAGAGCCAGCCCCUGCGCACGUGGAAAGGGUGUGAAGCCCGCAACUCCACCUCCUCUCAAGUUCAGAAGUGGUUUUGUGCACAUUUAAUCAGCCUGGGGUGGAAGGAAAUCUGCCGUCUGAAAAUAUUCCUCCCUGUGACUGUUUUGGGAUGGGCCGUAGCUCAGGGGGCACAGUAUCUGCUUUCCAUGCAGAAGGUCCUGGGUUCGGUCCUCAGCAUCUCCAGGUAGGGCUGGGAGGGAGAGAGACCCCUGCCUGGAACCCCGUAGAGCUUCUGCCAACCUGUGUGGACUACAACCUGUGCAGCCUAGGACCCACGUACCUACGGGACCGCCUCUCCUGGUAUGCCCCACGGAGGACCUUAAAGUCCACAAAUAACAACACUCUGGAGGUCCCAGGUCUCAAGGAGGUUAGGUUGGUCUCAACUAGGGCCAGGGCCUUUUCAGCACUGGCCCCGACAUGGUGGAACGCUCUGUCCCAAGAGACUAGGGCCCUGCGGGACUUGACAUCUUUCCGCAGGGCCUGCAAGACAGAGCUGUUCUGCCUGGCCUUUGGCUUGGACUCAGUCUGACCCUUAUGUUUCCCUCCCCUUAUGGUCUUGAUUUAUCAGCUACUUUAAAAUGAGGCUGCAUUUUAAAUUGCAUUUUAACCUGUAUUUUAAAUUGGUUUCCCCCCCCUUUUCCUUCCCCCCUCCCCUUUUCCCCCUAUUAUGUUUUUACUGUGAUUUUAUUGGUGUUAGCUGCCCUGAGCCCGGCUCUGGCUGGGGAGGGCAGGGUAUAAGUAAAAUUUAUUAUUAUUAUUAUUAUUAUUAUUAUUAUUAUUAUUAUUAUUACUGAGCUAGAUGGGACAGCGUUCUGGCUCUGUGCAAGGCAUCUUCUUCCUCCAUUUCCUGUGCGUUUGUCUCUUCCCCCCUCGUCUUCCUUAGGGAUUUAACGGCCUUCUUUCUCCCCGCCACCCCCCAGAUUACCUUCUUCACGCUCCUCUCAGUCCUCGGAGUCAUGCUUACCCUGGCUGGCUCCAUCCUCUCCUGCCAAAAUGCCCAGCAGCAGGUGAAGUCCCUGGAGGCUUGCGAGCCGGUAAGACAACGGGACCGUUAUGCGGUCUGGAAGGAGCAGGGGAUACGGAGCCUGGACCUCCAGGUGGGGUUUGACGUAGAGCAGAGCUAAUACGUUACGUUCUUCCUCCAGCGCAGCCUUCCACAACCGAGUGCUCUCCAGGCAUCGCCAAGCUCCCGGCAGCCCCCUGGCAGCUGGCACGGCUAAUGCUGAGGGAUGAUGGGAGUUGUAGUUCAGCUGUGUUCUUGGACUCCCGCUCCCAUCGACCUCGGCCAGCCUGGCCAAUGGUCAUGGAUGAUGGGGGUUGUGGUUCAACAACGUUAUUGGGUUUCCAGCUCCCGUCAGCCUCAGCUAACACAGCCAAUGGUUAUGGACGAUGGGAGUUGUAGUUCAACAACGGUCUUCGAUGAUGGGAGUUGUAGUUCAACAAUGUUAUUGGGUUUCCAGCUCCCGUCAGCCUCAGCUAACGCAGGCAAUGGUUACGGACGAUGGGAGUUGUAGUUCAAUGACGGUCUUCGAUGAUGGGAGUUGUAGUUCAGCAAUGUUCUUGGGCUCCAGUUCUCAUCAUUCUCAAGUGGUGUGGCCAGUGAUCAGGGAGAAUGACUCCAGCGACAUCUGGAGGGCACCUGGUUGGGGAAGGUGGCUUCAAAGGGGGAAAAGCAGCUUUCGAAGGGGGUGCUUUGGAGCAGAGGGAUUGGGGAGGAGGGCCCACUUAACUCUUUCUCUGCCAGCUGCGCCCCCCCCAAAACGCCCCGCUGCAUCCCUCUUCCCUCUUCCAAGCAUGCAUGUACCAUUUUACAUUAGAGUAUUUCUUUGCGUAUUUAUAGCAAUGGGAAUAUGAAUUGUUUUAAUUACCGCGUAGUUCGGUUUAGUCGCGACAGGGCUGUGGGGACUUGCAUGGUUGUGCGCCAAACGCUUCGUGGAAAAGGUGGGUGUCGAAAGAAGUAAGAGGGGAGGCUUCAAAAGUUGUUUUGGGGUGGGGGCAAUUCCAAGGAUAAAGGAGCAACAGGGGAGGAAGGGAGGAGACUACGAGGCCCAUGGUGCUGUGCAACUGCAGGCAGGCCCAGAAACCUUGCCUCGUGUUAAAGUACAACAUUUGCCAGCAGCACACUGACAAAGUUUUCCUGCCUCCCCAGCAGGGCACCUCUCCAUCUCAGCUGUGCCCUUGCUGCCAGCUCGGAAGCUGCGGAAGUAACGCAGAACUGGAUCCAAAUUGCUCCAAGGUCCGCCUGGUCCUCAAGGUGAGUAAACAAGGAUGCUCCUGAUUGCGGACGGAUCUAUUGGCGGUUUUUGAUGAAGGUUACAUUCUGCAUACGACGUUUUAUGGGAGGUGUGUGUGUGUGUGUGUGUGUGUGUGUGUGAAUGAGAGUGUAAGAAACAAAAAUCUGCCCUUAUUCCCUUAUGGGGUAUACAAGAGCCCUCAUAGAGUCCUUUGUAGGUUCUCCAUUGGUGGAGAAAAUAACAGAGGCCAACCAGAGAAUAUUGAGAAGCAAAGCAGCUAGUAAGCCUGAUCUUUAUUGACUGUUGCAACAGGGUGCUCCCCUCACACGCAGGAGGACGGAGGAGAACCCAGAGCAAAGGUGUGCCUGCCCUUAUAUAGACAUUUUAAAUUGCCCGCCCUGGAGUCCAAGACCACCCCCAGAAACUUCAUACAUACAUCACAGAAGGGGUGUAGCUCAAGACCACCCCCCAGAUACAUCAUACCUACAUCACAAAAAGGGCGGUCUACAACAGAAAUCUGAGUGCAUUGUUUAUCUCCUGUCUGGCAGGUUACCUGUUAAUGGUCACUUGAUUGGAUUACCUGGGGAGCCUGGCCAGUCUUUUGUAAUGAUAAAUACUUAGUUUCCUGAGCCAGGUCACAGCUCACCCUAUUCAUACACAGACAUACCCUUAAGACGGGAUUUGUGAACAAAAGGACAAUGGGGAGGCUUUUCCAUUUUCCUUCGACCUAGCAGAGAAAUAUUUGAGGUCAAUUUGGGAGGGACAAAAUGGUUUCAGGAAUUUUUCUGUGGGGUUUCAGACAUGUGGUUUAUAUAUGCAGUUAUGAACAUUUAUUAUAUAUAUAUAAGACCUUAAUUUUUUUAUUUCAAGAGAAAGAAGGAGAUUAGGCUUCUGAGAUUUAAGUGGGUCUUUCCCCCGCGACAUUGUGUUGUAGAAUAAAUGGAGCCUGAGGCCAGUGGCUUUCAAAUUUCAGCCGUGCCCUGUUGGAUGCCAAAAUUCGGCGCCCCUCUGCCUCUUGCCGCAUUACAUCAUUGUGGUGGCGCCCUCUGGGCUCGGCACUCAGUGUGGGCAAACCAGCCACACUCCCCGAAAUCUGCCUCUUCUGAGGCCGCUUUUACACCAUGCAUUUAAAGUACCACAACACCACUCUAAACAGAAUCCUGGGACCUGUAGUUUGUUUGGGGCACCGAGAGUUCUUGAUGUUUUAUUGCAUUUUUAAUAUUCUGUUGGGAGCUACCAGGGUGGCUGGGGAAGCCCAGCCAGAUGGGCAGGUAUAAAUAAAUUAUUAUUAUUAUUAUUAGGCAGCCCCUAUUCCCCUCACAAAACUACAAUUCCCAGAGUGGCUUACAGUCACAUAAUGCUUCAAAUCCAUAGCGUGAACAUAGCCUCAGUCCUUUAUUCUGCAUGGUCCACACACAAUCUAGCUUAAAGCGGCCCAGACUUGGGGUGUGUGUGUGUGUGUGUGUCUGUGUGUGUGCCCCACACCAGCCCAGUGCAGUUGUGGGUGGGCAGUACAUCAAGCUUGCAAUCGCCAAUUCCUUCUUCAUUAAGGUUACCAGAUUUUUUUCAAUGAGUCCUGUUAUGUACUGAAGUUCUCACCCUGGGCCAGCAGGGGGAUACUGUAGAUAGUUUUCACUCAGGUCUGCAUAUGCAAAUAAGGAAUUGAAAGUGACGUUCAGUGAUUGGAUAGUUACAGAAAGUUGUUACUGUUGCUUUGUAGUUGAGCUCUAUAUAAGCAGGUUGGCUGAACCCUUCAGUUCAGUUCUGUUCUGGCCUGUGAAUAAACAAGAGCUGUCUGAAGAAUUGCUGUGUGGUCUGAUAUGUUCACCCACAACUUAACAAAUCCAGGGACACUUUUCAGCUUCAAUGGACUUUGUAUGGGGACUGAUUUGUAAAUCCGGGUACUGUCCCCGGGAAACGGGGACGUCUGGCAACCUUAUUUUUCAGUCACUUGGGGCCUGGGGAGGGAGAAAAAGGCAUGGAUAGCCAAUCCGGUCAAGGGAAGGUUUUCCAAAUGUGUAUCAACUUGAUGGCAGGACCUAGAAUCAAAUCUAGAUGAAAAGCAGUGUGUUUAGGGUCCGCAACGAGCUCUUCCGGGUCGAGGAAAGCUACCUUUGUGUGCCGCAAACGGGUUAGUGUCUAGGCAGCCAGACUUAUCAAGCGUUCCUUUGCAACCGCAGUGACAAUGAUCUGUUUUGACACCCCCCCACCUCCCCCCUUCCCUGCCCCUUCAGGACCUCCUCUUCAGUGUGUGUGGGCUGACUGUUUUCGCCAUCGUAGUGUGCACCCUCUCUGCCAUUAUGUGUUGCAUCCAAAUCUUCUCUUUCGACAUCCUCUAUGCGGUGAGUUCCAGAGACGGGCGGCCUGCUCCCAGCUUGCCUCAGAUUCACUUGGGAACGAUCUGAGCGCUUUUGAAACCUCUCCUUGUCCUCUCAAAAUCUCCUCAGGGUUGUCUUUCACACCCCCAUUUACUGCAUACUCACUGCCAGUUUAAAAAUAAUAAUUUAAAUUUAAUUUCUUUUUAAAAAAUUAAAUUAAAAUUUUAAAAAAUUAAAUUUGAAUUGUUUUUUUUUUAAAAAUUCAAAUUUAAAAAAAUAAUUUAAAUUAAAAAUUAAAAUUAUCAAUUUACCCCACCUUUUCCCCUGACAGGGACUCAAGGCAGCUUACAAGGUAAAAUCUUCAUGCAAACUGCACAUGCAUCCUGUACUUUGAGAAAAGUUAUCGGAGUAGUAUUUCAUAACAAACAGCUUCAUUCAAAUUAGGAGUAUUUAAGUUUCUCCUAAGUCAUCUCUGACAAAACCCGGAACCAGGAGGAAGGGACGCUGGAUAAAGAAUGGAUUUGUUCAUACCUUUCCCCCCCCCCACUAUUAGAACUGUUUUAUAAAAUUGAAGAAUGAUAGAAGAAUGUUGGAAUGAAAUUACUUGGCUUUAGCAAAGAUGCUUAAAGAAUUAUGAAAGAAUAUUAUGAUUAUAAGAAGCUGGUAAGGAUAAGAUUCAAGUUUUAAGUUUUAAGGUUUAUUUUAUUAUAGAAAGAUAAGAUCAAAAUAGUUUAGGGUAAUGCAAUGACAGAAUAUUAUGAAACAUGGAAAGGAUUUGCUGGGAUAAUUAAUAACUGGGAUACAGAGAAAGGGAGGAGGAGGAGGUCUAAGAAAGAAGGCAAUGACAGUUAAGGAUCUGAAAAUAAUGAAUUUGUUUUUAAAUGUUUUUAAAGGUUUGUGAUUUUUGUAUUUUUCUUUUUCUGUCAUUUUUUCUUAUUUUGAAUUUUUCUUAUAUGGUGGGAAGGGGUUUUUUUUUCUUUUUUUCUACUUUGUCAAUUAUUCUUACUUUUUGUACUUUCUUCUGCUUCUACUUUGUUUGUUUUUCCUUUUUGUAACAUUUUGAAAAUUUCAAUAAAUAUCUUAUAAAAAAAAAUAGACACAUGGUGUGUAUCCAGCCUAUGUCAACAAGAGAAAGGGCUCCUCAGAACAUCAGGAGCCUUUCAGAUCUUGCCCAGCCCCCUCACUUACCCUGUUUUCUGUCUCCUUCCACAGCUGUCCCCUCCACGUUCCAGCUCCGUGACGCUGGAUUGCACGUCACCCCCGGACACGUUCUUGCAGCAUAUGUUGGACCUAGAAGAGUUUGUUCCCCCAGUGCCACCUCCGCCCUAUUACCCUCCAGAGUACACCUGCAGUUCAGAGACGGAUGCCCAAAGGUGGUGGGGGGGUUUGGAGAGGUGGGGGAGAUAAGAGGGGGAGCCUGGGAGCAGUUUGGGGGACAAAGAGGCUGAGGAUGGAAAGAAGUCUUCCUUGUUUUUAAAUACAGAGGUACCUUGGUUCUCAAACAGCUUACCGUAUUUUUCGCUCUAUAAGACGCACUUUUCCCCUCCUAAAAAGUAAGGGGAAAUGUGUGUGCGUCUUACGGAGCGAAUGCAGGCUGCGCAGCUUUCGCUGAAGCCAGGAGAGCAAGAGGGAUCGAUCCCUCUUGCUCUCCUGGCUUCACUUCGCUGGAGAGCCACUGCGCAGCUUUCCCUCUCUGCGCAGCACCCCUUUAGCGAAGGAGCCCCUUCCGUUUCUCCUCCCGCUUUACUGGAGAGGCGCUGAGCAGAGAGGGAGAGAACAUUUUUUUUCUUGUUCUCCUCUAAAACUAGGUGCGUCUUAUAGAGCGGAAAAUACGGUAGUUGUCGAACAAAUCGGCUCCCAAAUGCCGCAAACCCAGAAGUAAGAGUUCCGGUGUGCUGGUCCCAAGGGUUAAUCAUGCGGCGAGGUCCAAGUCCAGUCAGAGGUUGACAGUGUGGUAUGGAGGCUGUCCGUCAAAGCUGAAGUGGGGUCCAAGACAGGGAGUCGGGUGAGGUCAGGAACUCUGGCAGAAGAGCAGGACAGGGUGCAGGCAGGAACAGGCUACCAACAACGUUGCUCCCGCAACUUGGGACUGGGGCUGGCUGGCUUUUAUCUGCCCCGAGGCAUAGGGCGGCCCCAGUCCACAGGUGACUCGCCUCUCCUGGCCUGGAGGUGAGCACUCCUCUGUGGGAACUUAGUUCCGUCCACCUCUCUGCCCUGAGCCUCUGCAGCUCAGGAGAGGCUGGAGGGUUACCGGACCCAGAGGCAACCUCAGCCUCCCCUGACGGGGCUGAGAGUGGAGCACCUGCAGGCAAUGGGUCCUCCAUCACCUCAGGAGCCAGAGCAGACUCAGCUGGUGCCUGCACCUGAGGAUCCAGCACAGGUGAGGACGCUUCAGGCUCAAGCCCCAGCCCUGGCUCAGCUGGUUCUGGAGGCGGGGAAUCCUGUGCAGGCUGGGAUUUCUCAGGUUCAGCCUCUGAGUCCGAAUCCCAGGCCAUCACAUCCGGUCUGUGAAUGUUUUUCGGAACCCAAACAUUCGACGCUGCUUCCGCGUCAAUGGUUUCGGGAGUCGAAUGGACACCCGGAAUGGAUUAGGUUCGAGAACCAAGGUACCACUGUAUGCAGGUUCCUAGUCCUUAUUGAUGCAAAAUGCAGGCUUGAAACUGUACGGAUUGUGUGUCUCUCACAGGUGGAGAUGGGCUUCAGAGCAUCUCAUCUCUUACUUUUUAAAAACUAAUGCUUCCCCCCCACCCCGCUGUUUUCACUGCAUACCAUUCUGACCUCCUUAAGGGAAAGAGUGAGAUAUAACUGCAUAACCAAGAAGGAAAGUGUGUCAUGGACAAUGAGGUUAUUAUUUCUCCUCCUGACAGCAUAACCUACAAUGGCUCAAUGGACAGCCCCGUUCCUCUCUACCCCACUGACUUCCCUCCCAGUUACGAGGCCGUCAUGGGACUCCACGGAGACAGCCAGGUAUUACAUUGGUACAAUUCAAGGCAGGAAGGUCUUCCUUUGGGUAGUGGUGGACUUACGUGUUUGUAGCCCUGAAGCUUGAAGUGUCAUGGGGACCCCUUUGCAACCAGCAAUGAGGUCUGGGUAGCCCCUGCUACCUGGUUACAAGGGGGUUGUUCCAUGACAGAUUACCACACCUUUACAAUAUCUGGGCUAUAUAUAUAUCAAUAUAUUCCAGGUUCUUUCCCUGGAGGGAAACCAAUGUCUUCUUAGAGGAAGUGAAGGAGACUUGAGAUAAUAAUAAUAAUAUAUGCCACCCAUCUGACUGGCUUGCUCCAGACACUCUAGGCAGCUCCCAACAGAAAAUAGUAAAAGCACAACACAACAACAAACAUUAAAAAUUUCCCGAUACAGGGCUGCCUUUAGAUGUCUUCUAAAAGUCAGAGACCGUUUGACCUCGGUUUUCAAACUCGAACACCGUAAACCCGGAAGUAAAUGCUUCGGUUUUCGAAUGCGCUUCAGAAGUCGAACUGUAAACACGGCUUCCGUAUUGAGUUUUUCGUAUUGAGAUUUCCAUUUUGAGGCUUCCGUUUUGAGUUUUCGGUUUUCAAACGUUUCGGAACUCAAACGGUCUUCCAGAACGGAUUACGUUCGAAAACUGAGGUACCACUGCAGUUGUUUAUCUCCUUGACAUCUGAUGGGAGGGCGUUCCACAGGGUGGGUGCCACUACCGAGAAGGCCCUCUGCCUGGUUCCCUGUAACUUCGCUUCUCGCAGGGAGGGAACUGCCAGAAGGCCCCCGGCGCUGGACCUCGGUGUCCGGGCUGAGCAAUGGGGGUGGAGAAACUCCUUCAGGUAUACUGGACCGAGGCCAUUUAGGGCUUUAAAGGUCAGCACCAACACUUUGAACUGUGCUCGGAAAUGUACUGGGAGCCAAUGCAGGUCUUAGGACCGGUCGUAAGCUAGUUUCUAUCAGCUAGCCAGGCAAGUGAGAGACAUGGCUGCAAUGUGAUGGGACGCAUUUCAGCCAGGCAAGAACCCGUGAGGAAGGCUUGAAGCAGGGCCCAGUUGGGGGUGUGGCUUGGGGAACAGUCAUGAGGGCCAGAAAGAGAGGCUUGGAGGGGCCGCAUUCAGCCCCCAGGGGCGAGGUGUUCCCGAGUUUGCUGCGCACCAACAUUUUCUGCCUUUGCUCUGCAGGUGACUCUGUUUGACUCGCAGUUUACAGAUACCUCACAUGGUCCUUGUUCCUGCAACCGGGUCCCAUCUGUUGUCCUCAGUGGCGAAGGUAAGGACCUUUGUAGGCAUGCACCCCUAACGAUGGACCUGGGUGGACCAGAUCUCUGACAGGUACAGUGAGGGGGGAAAGUAUUUGAUCCCCUGCUAAAUUUGCCUGUUUGCCCUCUGACAAAGGAAUGACCAGUCCAUAAUUUUAAUGGUAGGGUAAUUGUAGCUGUGAGAGACAGAAUAACAACAGGAAAACCCCCAGAAACCCAGAAGACAAAAGUCAGAGAUUGAUGUGCAUUAUAAUGAGUGAUGGGCGAUGGGAGAAAGGCGAUGGCAAACUUAGACAGUAUCUUAAAAAGCAGAGACAUCACCUUGCCAACAAAGGUCCGUAUAGUUAAAGCUAUGGUUUUCCCAGUAGUGAUGUAUGGAAGUGAGAGCUGGACCAUAAAGAAGGCUGAUCGCCAAAGAAUUUAUGCUUUUGAAUUCUGGUGCUGGAGGAGACUCUUGAGAGUCCCAUGGACUGCAAGAAGAUCAAACCUAUCCAUUCUUAAGGAAAUCAGCCCUGAGUGCUCACUGGAAGGACAGAUCCUGAAGCUGAGGCUCCAAUACUUUGGCCACCUCAUGAGAAGAGAAGACUCCCUGGAAAAGACGUUGGGAAAGAUGGAGGGCAGAAGGAGAAGGGGACGACAGAGGACGAGAUGGUUGGAUGGUGUUCUUGAAGCUACAAACAUGAGUUUGACCAAACUGUGGGAGGCAGUGGAAGACAGGAGUGCCUGGCGUGCUCUGGUCCAUGGGGUCACGAAGAGUCGGACAUGACUAAACGACUAAACAACAACAACAACAAUAAUGAGUGAAAUAAGUAUUUGAUCCCCUAUUAACCAGACAGAUGUCAGGCUAUCUGGUAUCUUCACUGUAUGUAACGAGCUGAGAUUAGAAGCACCUGCUGUAAGGGAGAGGUCUUACCUGUAAUCCCAGCUCGUUACAGUACCUGUACAAAAGACACCUGUCGACAGAAGCCAUCAAUCCAGCAGAUUCCAAAGUAUCCACCGUGACCAAGACCAAAGAGCUGUCCAAGGAUGUCAGGGACAAGAUUGUAGUAUGUAUUUUGAUGAAGUGAUCUGGAAUAUUUACUUUGCUGCCCCCUCCCCCACCCAAAAGAUUCCUGCGGACGCCUGUACCUGGUUGCCCUACUCUAGGCGGGGGAGAAAUUUGAUUUCACUUCGCAUUCAAAGGCCUAAUUGGUACUUUGCGGAACUAUACGUGAAUCCACACUUCAGAAUCCACACUUUUCCAGGUUUUGCAGUGCAGUUCUCCACUGAAGUAAUGUGUGGAAGAACAGGAACACCAGAUGACUAUUUUGAUAGACAGUAGAUUCAUAUUUCUAUCUCCUGCCCAUCGAAAUGUGAUUCACCCUAUUGCGUUUGUUUUGUUGCUUUCUAAACUAUGUGCAAAAUGAGAAAAGAGUAUUUUUAACAAAAUAAAACACGCAUGCACUAAGGCAAAAUGUCCAUAAAAGGCAUACACUCGUGAAAAGAACACACCCAAAAAUGCAUUAUAUAUGGGGAAAUUGCUUUCCCAAAAUGCACAUGAUAGGGGGAAUUGCAUAUAAAAAUGUGCACACAGGGAAUUUGUGCUAGAAUGCGGAUGAGUUUAAUGAGGACUUCACUUUCUUUUUCUUUUUGGUAAUAAUUUUUAUUUGGUUUUGCUUAUUUUCAUACCACCACACAUCCGAAGUUACAAGAUUCUCCCAAAUCUCUGGACCUCCCACCUUCCCCUCGAUGGGUUCUGUUAUUAAACCUUUCCUACUGCAUCUUUUUAAAACAAACCAAGUUGUUGGUUUUUUUAAGUAACUCCAUUAUAUCCAUAGUUCUUGUUACAUUACAAGUGUUAUUGCAAUCCUGCUAAAGUUUUCAGCUGCUUACAGUGACCUUUAAGGUAAAUUGUAAAUUUCCCCCACUCCUUAUUAAAUUUUUGGUCUUUCUGGUUCCGGAGCUUUCCGGUCAGUUUUGCCAUUUUGGCAUAGUCCAACAGCUUCAUUUGCCAUUCUUCUCUGGAAAGAACUUUAUCUUCCUCCACGAGGACUUCAAAGACGGGAACGAUAAAAAUCCCAAACUAGCAUGGAAGAACGGGACCUGAGAUGGGGAAUAUGCAAAACGGAGAGGGCUGCAAAUGGACAGAUUUAAUAUUAAUAUUAUAAAUAAUUUAUUAUUUAUACCCCGCCCAUCUGGCUGGUCCUCCCAGCCACUCUGGGCGGCUUCCAACAAAACACCAAAAUACAAUAACCUAUUAAACAUUAAAAGCUUCCCUAAACAGGGCUGCCUUUAGAUGUCUCCUAAAAGUUUGGUAGUUAUUUUUCUCAUUGACAUCUGGUGGGAGGGCAUUCCACAGGGCGGGUGCCACUACCGAGAAGGCCCUCUGCCUGGUUCCCUGUAACCUGGCUUCUCGCAGUGAGGGAACCGGCAGAAGGCCCUUGGCGAUGGACCUCAGCGUCCGGGCUGGACGAUGAGGGUGGAAACGUUCCUUCAGGUAUACUGGACCGAGGCCUUUUACGGCUUUAAAGGUCAGCACCAACACUUUGAAUUGUGCUCGGAAACGUACUGGGAGUCAGUGUAGGUCUUUCAAGACCGGUGUUAUAUGGUCUCGGCGGCUGCUCCCAGUCCCCAGUCUAGCUGCCGCAUUCUGGAUUAGUUGUAGCUUCUGGGUCAGCUUCAAAGGUAGCCCCACAUAGAGCGCAUUGCAGUAGUCCAAGCGAGAGAUAACCAGAGCAUGCACCACUCUGGCGAGACAGUCCGCAGGCAGGUAGGGUCUCAGCCUGUGUACCAGAUGGAGCUGAUAAACAGCUGCCCUGGACACAGAAUUGACCUGCGCCUCCAUGGGCAGCUGUGAGUCCAGAAUAACUCCCAGGCUGCACACCUGGUCCUUCAGGGGCACAAUUACCCCAUUCAGGACCAGGGAGUCCUCCACACCAGCCCGCCUCCUGUCCCCCAAAAACAGAACUUCUGUCUUGUCAGGAUUCAACCUCAAUCUGUUAGCCGCCAUCCAUCCUCCAACCGCCUCCAACCGUUUCCCCUGACCCUGGAAUCGUGCCAUUUUUACUAAAAUGGCGCUCUCUCGCUCUCUCUCCCCUGCAGCGGUUUCCAUGGACAGCGGCUCCCUGAUUAUGUCGGAGAUCGUGGACAUUCCUGGCGACAGCAGCCCAUCCGAGGACUCCUGCCUGCUGGACGCCAGCGGUUCUGUCUGCUCGGUGGAUUACGUCUUGUUCCGCUCCAUCCAGCGCAGCCGGGCUGACUACUGCUUGAGCGUGGACUGCGGGCAAUGCGGCCUUCACCCUCAGAGCCCCACCCUGCAGGGCCCUUUUGAGGAGACACCCCAGGCACGCUUGCGCGGGGAGCGCUCGUACUCCUGCUCCACGCCCGGCUCCACGGGCUACGAGGGCUUGCCGGAGGCGGGCAGUGCCCAUACGCACAGCUGCCAGCGCCUGGAGAGCUUAGGCCAAAGUGCCGGGCCUUGCUUCCCCGAGGUGCGGGUCAAGCCCAAGGCCUCGCUGCCGGGACGCAAAGGCGCCGGGCGGCAGCGCCGGAGCAGCGAGGCCUCGUACCAACUGCCUUCUGUCCGGGGUCCUCUGCUGAGGUCUCACAGCGAUCCCGGGAUCCUCACAGCCUGCGAGAAUGGUGAGUAGAAGAAGCUGGAUGGUGGAGAACAUGGCGUGGGUGUGUUUUGUUGCAAUGUGGACAGAUGCUGGGAAAGGAUAUACAGUGGUACCUCGGGUUAAGUACUUAAUUCGUUCCAGAGGUCCGUUCUUAACCUGAAACUGUUCUUAACCUGAAGCCCCACUUUAGCUAAUGGGGCCUCUUGCUGCUGCUGCCAUGCCGCCGGAGCACAAUUUCUGUUCUCAUCCUGAAGCAAAGUUCUUAACCCAAGGUACUAUUUCUGGGUUAGCAGAGUCUGUAACCUGAAGCGUAUGUAACCUGAAGCGUAUGUAACCCGAGGUACCACUGUAAUUGGUUUAAUUGACACUGAAAUGGAAUGUCUGUGUAGUGGAAUGAAGGUUUAACAUUGAGAAUGCCUAAAUACGUGUUGGACCAUGAUGGGCCAUUGGCACAAGCCAACAGGCUCCGAAAUGCUGGUAGAUUUCCAAGAGGAUUUUCUAAAAUAUAAAAUUCACAAAUUGCUGCAGAAUGUCUGUUGCUGGAAUCUGUCUGAAGCGUAUGUAACCCGAGGUACCACUGUAUUUAUUAGAUAUUAUCAGUGCUGUUUUUUGUAGAAGAAGAGGUGCUGGAACUCACCAUGAGCGCCACCCUUGUUCUCUUAUAAUGGCAAUGGUGCCAGCGGCGGAGGAAGGGGGUUCGGGCCACUCUGGGUGUCAUCACUGAUGUGGGGGGUGACAAAAUGACAAAAAUAUGAGUUUUUUAAAAAUUGGGCUCAUGAAACUUUUUAGUUCAGUCAACAAAUGUAAUGAAAUGCGGUUGUCACUGGCCGACUGGCAUGUUCUCUCCCUCCUGGUCAUCAUCAUCAUCAUCAUUUUUAAUUUGUAUACCGUAUUUCUAUCUUACAAUACUCAAGGCAGUUUACAAGCUGAAGAAACAAAAAAUGUACAUCUUAUAACAAUCUAAUGCAAUACAAAAAUGUGAUAAUAAAACAUAACUUUAAAAUAGGCAACCUCCAUCAAAAAAGUAACAUUCAACAAUCAUUAGAAUAGUAUAAAAUAAUAAUAUCAACAUAUAAAAGUUAAACAGAAAUUCACUCAACAGUUACAAUAAUAUCUAACUAUAAGCAAUAAAACAAUGGCAAGCCACAGUACAUAAAACAAUACAAUACAUAUUGAGAAGCAGAGAGUGGGGCAAGUGGAAGGAGGCCUUGCCUGAUGGAGUCUCUCCCCUCAGUUCUUCCUCCAGGAACAGCUCCCUUCUGAGGACUCCUCAGUCCUCAGAAGGGGUCGUUCGUUCGUUCGCUUCAGAACCUUUCUUCUGCCCGAACAUCACAGUGACCGAUGCCAACAGACAUAGGCACACGUAGGGAUCCAUAGAGUCUUUGCAGCUUUGCGUAACAGUCCUCAGCAACUCAGCAUUUUGGCUAAUCUACUUUAUUUACAUAUAAACACACACCGAGCACUGCAACAUGGCUCCCUCUCUCUCUCUAGCAUCAGACAGCAAAGAGAAAAAGAACAAAGGGCAAGAGUCCCACUUCACGGCACACAGUAACACAAACAUCCUGUCUCCGUCACUUCCCACUCUGUGGAGUCAAAACACACACCGUCAUGUGAAAGACAACAAUCCCAUGACUGCAAUCACGGAGCAGGAAUUCUAACACUUACUGCAGGGCCUGCAGCAUGCCCGAGCCACAUGUCUCUCCUGGGAGUGACGUGGUGGCUUGGGCGCCUGCAGGUUCCACACUGCCUGAAAUGGCAGCAUGGGGCUUGCGUCUGCCCACCGCCUCUCCCUCAGCCGCCCUACAGCUGAGGGGGAGGCGGCAGAGAGGCUCCACACAGCGCUCCCCGCGCUAGCUAUGCUGCUGAACGGCGCCCACCUGGGGAAAAAAACCAACCUCUGGAUAUUAUCUUUCCUUCCUCACGUUUGAGUUCAGCAGAAUUCCAUCCUUUUGCAGCUUCAAAGGAAACUUGGCCUAGUUUUAGCCUUUUGGUUUGAGUAAUCCAGGACGCUUUAAGGCAGACUGGAUUUUCCUGGCAUUUCCCCCCCUUAAAAUGACAAGCACACAGUCUCGUAAAAGGUAAAAUUAACAUUUACUUUCUCGGAAUACUUGUUGAAGAGUAACUGGUACAGCAGCUUUGCUCAGGCAGGCUUCAAUUGGUAAUUCAGCUACCAAGGCAUACAGUGGUACCUUGGGUUACUUACGCUUCAGGUUACAGACUCUGCUAACCCAGAAAUAUUACCUCAGGUUAAGAACUUUGGUUCAGGAUGAGAACAGAAAUCGUGCUCCGGCAGCGUGGCAGGAGCAGGAGGCCCCAUUAGCUAAAGUGCUGCUUCAGGUUAAGAACAGUUUCAGGUUAAGAAUGGACCUCCAGAACGAAUUAAGUACUUAACCCGAGGUACCACUGUACUUAAGUCUGGCUUAAAACAUAGUCUGAGCUUGGAGCUCAAAUAUGGCAGAUGUCGUCAUGUUGCUGGCACAGCGGAAAGAGAUGUAAAGAGGGAGAGGACGUGCCCAGGCAGGUAGGAGAAUAUAUAGCUAUGCCCCCCCCCUCCGCCAAUGUCAGGGCACAGUAGGAUUGUAUCUCACCAAAUUCGCUCUAGCAGGCUUACAGGAAAACUCUGUGAGUUCAGCUCCCUUUAUGUAGCUAUCUAGCAAAACACAAAUUGUUGGUUUGUCUGCAUCUUAAAUAUCCCAUACGUGCUGUUUUCAAGGCCGUGCUUUCUCACAAGAGUAUGUGCUAUGUAAUAUUGCGGCCCCCCCCCCAGCAUUUUUGGGGUGAGAUCUCAGUGCGAAAUCACGCAAGAUCACAGCAGUCAAAGUGGCCACCAUGUUCGCACUCAGAAAAAUGGGAUUUCCUGGUUUUUUCCCCCACGGGACACUUGCAUGGUAUGUACCUCGAGAUGCUGGGAAUUGCAUCUGGGAUCUCCUGAAUGCAAAAGGUGUUCUCUGCUUCUGAGCUACCGAAACGCCCCCAUUUAAAACCAUUUCUUUCCCGCCUUUCAUUUCCUCACUCCCCACCAGAAGCGGACUUCCAGGAGGUAUUCUGCGCCAAGGCCUCGGAGGAGGAUGGGCCCAACUCCUCAGCAGAUACAGGUGAGGGAAGUAGCUUGCUUUGGUAGCCAUCUUUGGACCUGGCUGUUUGUGAUCAGGCAGAUCCAGCUGAAGGUGCUGGCUGCUGAAGCUGAGUGAGGUUGCCAUCUUUGAACCUGGCAAAUAAUGAGCCAGCGGAUACAGGUUGAGGUCAGCGACUGCUUGAAUCAUGAGGACUGCCACCUUGGAAUCCAGACAGUUCCCACCCACCUGUUCCUCCAGAUAAAACAUGUCAGGAGUUCAAGGAGUUAAUUGCCCUCACAGGAUGUCUUGUCUCUAGUUACAUCGUUUUAUUUUAAGACACAAAGCAGAUGAUUAAUGACAAAUUGCCUUGAGUAUUAUUACUAACAGUUUUUGGCAUCAUUCUUCUUACGAAAGUGUAGUAAGUCUGAACGCUGUACUCAUUCUUAUUACAGUGCAGCCUAAAACAUUGUGAACAUGCUCAUCCUUACAUGGCAACUGUGAUCUUCAGAAGGGGCACCGCUGAGAGUAACCACCUGCCCCAGCAGUGUCUUUAGCCUGCACUAGAAACUGGACUUUUAGUGUUGCAGCUUCAGCCCUCUGUAAUCAAUUAACAGCUGAAAUGAGACAGGUAUCUAGCGCCUUGAAAUCGAGGUGGCUAUUGUAAACACUGUACGUUUAAGAAGUAUUUCCUGCUCCUGUGACUCAGGGUCCUUCCAGACCUCCUCCUUAUUGUCUCUCCAUAGCUAUUUGUGCUCAUUAUGGUGUCAGGAAGGUUAUACAGACGACUCCUCAUGUGUGAGUGAUCUACUUGUGUGUAACGGAGCCAGGAACCUAGAAGUGGAACCCGGAAGUGGGGAUCACUCUGGAGAGUCCUUGUGGCUCGUAAGGAGACCCUCCCCAAAGACUCGGGCUCUGGGGAGGAUCUUCUCACGAGCCACGGUGUUCCCCGCUUUCAUGCGUUCCACUUAUGCGUGCAGGGACCCUGAAUAUAAACCCCUCGUAAGUGGGGAGGUGCCUGUACACAAUCCCACUUCCAAUAUUGUUUUUGCAUGAAGAAGUUUCAGGGCGGACGUAUUGCUUAUUUUCCAGUUGGUUCGUGUCCCAUCACAAUCCCGCGCUGGGUGCCACGCCCCCAGGAUGCGUGCCAUGACCCUACGGGCGGCACACCCCGCCCCCAGGACGUGUGCCAGCCCUGCCCCCACCUGCUCUCCGCCCCCCCUGGUGCCGGAGCAUAAAGCUCCGCCACUGUGUCCCAUAGCAUCCUGCAGAAAUCACACAACCUCUGAUACCCCUGUGUCCUGUACCCCACCAUCAAUUGUGAUGUUCAGAGGUAGAGUGCCUCUGAAGAUGGAGGCUCUUAUUAAAGGUAAAGGGUAAAGGGAGCCCUGACCGUUAGGUCCAGUCGUGACCAACUCUGGGGUUGCGGCGCUCAUCUCGCUUUAUUGGCCGAGGGAGCCGGCGUACAGCUUCCAGGUCAUGUGGCCAGCAGGACUAAGCCGCUUCUGGCAAACCAGAGCAGCGCACGGAAACGCCGUUUACCUUCCUGCCGGAGCGGUACCUAUUUAUCUACUUGCACUUUGACGUGCUUUUGAACUGCGAGGUUGGCAGGAGCAGGGACCGAGCAACGGGAGCUCACCCCGUCGCGGGGAUUCGAAUCGCCGACCUUCUGAUCGGCAAGUCCUAGGCUCUGUGGUUUAACCCACAGCGCCACCCGCGUCCCGGAGGCUCUUAUUACCUGCCAUUAAUACCUUGCCUCCCUCCUUCCUCCCUCCCUUCCCAGGGCCCUGCUCGGAAGCUUGCCUUUUACACCCGUCACUCUGCGAGCUGCCCCUGCGGGCUCGCUUGGCAGGGAAGGCCAAGCUGGAGGUGCCACGGAAAGCGCCGCUGCAGCACCUGUCCAAGACUGGCACGCGCUCCCUGGGGGACCUGAAGGUGUGUCGUGGGACGCGUGGGCUCGUGGCCCGUUUCCUGCACAGGUCCAAGCGCAACCUGGCUCUGGCGGGAGCAGAAAUGGCAGGGCGAAGCAGCACUCCGGGGCGCAAGCAGGUACGGAGGGCAAAACAAGUUUUCACCAGGUAGUGGAAUUUCCUAUGCUGUUUAUUUUUUGUUUCGCGUGAAAUGGAGUUCUUAUCAGCUCAGCAGUCACGGUGGCUGGUGGGACGGAAGGCAAGUAAGUGAAGAUGAUGUUAAUUAAUUUAUUACUUAUAUCCCACCCUUCUGACUGAGUUGCACCAGCCAAUCUGGUCAGCUCCCAAUAGAAUACAGUGGUACCUUGGUUUAUGAACUUAAUCCGUUCUGGAAGUCCGUUCUUAAACCAAAGCGUUCUUAAACCAAGGCGUGCUUUCCCAUAGCAGCGGGGCACUCAAUUUACAAAUGGAACACACUCAACAGGAAGCAGAACAUGUUCUGCUUCCAAGGCAAAGUUCACAAACUACAACACCUACUUCCGGGUUUGCAGCGUUCUUAAUCCAAGUUGUUCAUAAACUAAGCUGUCCUUAAACCAAGGUACCACUGUAUAAUAAUAAUAAUAAUAAUAAUAAUAAUUUAUUAUUUAUACCCCGCCCAUCUGGCUGAGUUUCCCCAGCCACUCUGGGCAGCUCCCAAUCAAGUGUUAAAAACAGCACAGAGUUAAAUAUUAAAAACUUCCCUGAACAGGACUGUCUUCAGAUGUCUUUUAAAGAUAGGAUAGCUGUUUAUUUCCUUCACAUCUGAAGGGAGGGGGUUCCACAGGGUGGGCGGCAGCACUGAGAAGGCCCUCUGUCUGGUUCCCUGUAACUUCACUUGUCGCAAUGAGGGAACCGCCAGAAGGCCCUCGGCGCUGGAUCUCAGUGUCUCAGUGUAUAAGAAACACAGCAAGACAUCAGACAUUAAAAACUCCCCGAGUUGGGAGAGCACGAGACUUUAAUCUCAGGGUUGUGGGUUUGAGCCCCAUGCUGGGCAAAAAGAUUCCUGUGUUGCAAGGGGUUGGACUAGAUGACCCUUGUGGUCCCUCCCAGUUCUACAAUUUUCUGUUCCUUUUUGUUCUCUUCAUUUGAACAAGAAUUCUUUUGUUUUGUUUUAAGAAAGCCCUUUCCCUCUAAUAGUGGGGUAGGAGAGCUGGGUGGGGGGGGGGAAUUAACAUCUAGCAACCCAUGUGCCGCUUUGGUUUCAGAUACUACAUGGGUAAAAGGUAAAGGGACCCCUGACCAUUAGGUCCAGUCAUGGCCGACUCUGGGGCUGCGGGGCUCAUCUCGCUUUAUUGGCCGAGGGAGCCGGCAUACAGCUUCCGGGACAUGUGACCAGCAUGACUAAACCGCUUCUGGCGAACCAGAGCAGCGCACGGAAACGGCGUUUACCUUCCCGCCGGAGCGGUACCUAUUUAUCUACUUGCACUUUGAUGUGCUUUCGAACUGCUAGGUUGGCAGGAGCAGGGACCGAGCAACGGGAGCUCACCCCGUCGCGGGGAUUCGAACCGCCAACCUUCUAAUCAGCAAGUCCUAGUCUCUGUGGUUUAACCCACAGCGCCACCUGCGUCCCGAUACUACAUUGGUAGACUAGUCUAAAUAAGCCCGGGGCACAAAUUGCCACGGCCCUCUAGCGGCUAAUUUACCAGAAGUAAUGUAUUUAGCAUUAACUCUGGAAAAGUAUACUAGAUUCUGACCAAACUUAGCCUCUGGAGCUACUUGUAAGCUGCCUGUGUGCUAUCCCCCCCCCCAAAAAAUCCCCCCCCUCAAAUAACAAAUGUAAUAAAUUAAAAUCCACCCACAGUGGAUGGAAACAGGAAAGAACCCAGCAGGAAGGACUCCAUGAUUAGGAUGUCAAAGGCAAAAAUAUAACCCCCCCCCCCAAGUUUUGAAAGGCUGGGAAACCCCCAUAUGAUGUGGGCCAUUUCAGGUAUUUAAGGAGGCAAAUUAAUGGUGCUGACUAAUUAGGGUUAAACAUCCUAAUUGCCCGAGCCUUAGGGAAUAGCUCUUGAAAGAAGGCGACAAAGGAACUGAACCGGCUCCUGUUUAGGUUUCACAAUGAAUUCUUCCUUGAUUAAAUCCCGGUAUGUGGGAGGCUGCUUCAGAAAUUGAACACCCCUUCUGACUUUUCCCUGAGAGUAAGCCCAAGUAUAAGGUCUACCCUCAUCAAUACUCCCUGAUCUCUUGGCGCAAAUUGUGGAGACAAUGCCCUGUCUUUGCUGAGCGUUCCUUCAGACUGGAUUGCAGGGGAGUUAUACAAGAACAAACAUUGCACCGUGUUCACAUGCUUCCCUGUUAAUCUUUCAUGUCUUCCUGUUAAACACGCUUCAGCUCAUUUCGCCAUCCUUAAUCGGAAUGUUGCCGUAAAUGUCUGGUGUUGUUUUUGCAAAUGGAUUUGUUGCGGUCGGUGACAGAAUAAGCCCAUCCUCUUUAGUUGCGCAAACCUAAAUAUCUGGUAAGUGCUUUAACCCCUUCCACAAAAUCCCGAGAGGCUGGGCACAUGCUGUACAUUUAAAGCACAUUUCCCCACCCACGAAGCAUCAUGGGAACCGUAGUUCGCUCCACACUGGCGUGCAAUGCCCAGUACCCUGAGCAAACUACAGUUCCCAGGAUUCUUUGGAGGGAAAUAAAUAACGUGUGUGCAGCCAUGUUGUGGAGGUGGCCUAAAACACGCAUUGCUCUUUUUAUCCCUUAACAACAGCAAAGCAGGAAUAGACAAAGCUGAAAAAGCAGUGGCCACAGAUGCAACAGGCUUCCCAGAGUCGUGCCAUCUUGGCUAAGAUGGCUCCUUUCUUGACCCUUGCUACCAGAUGAAGAACUUGUUGUUUCUGCCCAACUCAUAGACCUGAGCAAAACAUAGGCAAGGCAAGGGUUAAAGCCACAGCAAUUGCAUUGCAUGGUUUAAGCCAGGGGUCAGCAAACUUUUUCAGCAGGGGGCCGGUCCACUGACCCUCAGACCUUGUGGGGGCUGGACUAUAUUUUUUGGAGGGGAAUGAACGAAUUCCUAUGUCCCACAAAUAACCCAGAGAUGCAUUUUAAAUAAAAGCACAUUCUACUCAUGUAAAAACAUGCUGAUUCCUGGACCGUCUGCGGGCCGGAUUUACCGUAGAAGGCGAUUGGGCCUGAUCCGGCCCUCAGGCCUUAGUUUGCCUACUCAUGGCUUAGUGUGAGCUGAGAUGUUGAGCCAGCAAGUGGCACCUUGGUGAGAUAUACCUGAAGGAGCGUCUCCACCCCCAUUGUCCAGCCUGGACACUGAGGUCCAGCGCCGCGGGCCUUCUGGCGGUUCCCUCACUGCGAGAAGUGAGGUUACAGGGAACUAGGCAGAGGGCCUUCUCGGUAGUGGCACCCGCCCCAUGGAACGCUCUCCCAUCAGAUGUUAAGGAAAUAAACAACUACCAGACUUUUAGAAGAUGCCUGAAGGGAGCCCUGUUUAGGGAAGUUUUUAAUGUUUGAUGUUUUAUCGUGUUUUAAUAUUCUGUUGGGAGCCGCCCCGAGUGGCUGGGGAAACCCAGCCAGAUGGACAGGGUAUAAAUAAUAAAUUAUUAUUAUUAUUAUUAUUAUUAUUAUUAUUAUUAUUUUGCAGAGUGGGGUGAGCACAGCAAACAACACACACAUAUAUUAAAAUUGCUUUGCAAAAGCAUUAUUAGUGAAAAUAAUGUAGAAAAAAGCUAUAUAUGUGUGUGGGUGUGUGCGUGUCUAUUUUCUACGUUAUUUUCACUAAUACCUGUAUUUAUUUUAUUAAAUUUCUAUACUGCCCUUCAUCCAAGGGUGGUUUACAGUACAAAGACACAUAGCAUAGCAACGAACAAGAAAACAACUGUGACCUAGGUAUCUCUGUACCCAUUAAUUAGCUGGAGAACUGCGUUGCAAAAUUCGGAGAACUGUGAAUUUGGAGGGACGGCUCCAUGUAUUGCUUCAGAAGGUAUUUGCUAGGUUCGCCUUUGAAUGCAGACUGAACUGAAUCCCUCCCUCCUGUUAUCAAUGCAGUAGCUGAAAAUGCAAUGCAGCCGGCUUAGCUUCAGGCUUGUGGAGGGUGGGGAGGCGAGCAACCACCAGUAUAACCUCUUGUGCAACAGCUGCUAGGUCUGCAUUUUUGGAGCAGGAGGAUGGAAAAAAAGAAGUAUCUCUGGAGAAAUAUGUCAAACAGCCUGUGGGGAUGUGAGCAGCUCUCUCCAUGGGCCCCUAAGACAAUUUUUUACUUUUCUGCCUCGCCCGCCUAAAAAGAAGAGCUGAACUUCUGUGGCGAACCUCUCUGAAACAAGUCUGGCUCUUUUAUUAUUAUAAUAAUAAUAAUAAUAAUAAUAAUAAUAAUAAUAAUUAUUAUUAUUUAUUAUUUAUACCCCGCCCAUCUGGCCAGGCUUCCCCAGCCACUCUGGGUGGCUUCCCAAAAAAUAUUAAAAUAUUGCAAUACAUGUAGCUGCUAGAAGCCGUGAUUCCUGUUUUGAAAGCGCCGCUUGCCAAUCUCUCUGCUGCUCAGAGUUGCUCUCCUUUUAGUAUGAUUUCUCUUUUAAAAAAAAAUUUAUUAAUGUUAUAGAGUACAAAUUAGAAAAAAUACAAAUAUACAUUUUAUACAAUUUUUUUUUAAAAUUAGUACGAUUUCUCAAGCUGCACGGCCAAACCUUAGCACUGCUAACAGGGUUCAAGGGCAGGGAAGAAAAUUGCAGCUCUGGCUUCAUCUUCCUUUACAGGCUGUCAUUUUGUUUUUCUCUCAGGUGCCCAGGCAGAGGCUGGAGCGGAGCUCUCCGGAAGGGAUUCACCUGCAGAGCUGCGGAGACCUGAGCUCUACGUCGUCAUUGCGGCGCUUGCUCUCUGGCCGCCGGCUGGAGCGAAGGCGCCCCCACAGCCUUAGUGGACUCGUCCGAGAGAGUAACCUGUAAGAGGGCGUUCAACGUGCGUCUUCCCGAUGCCAACGAUUGUGGCUGCUUCAUGACUCGGGCCUCAGAUCAGGAAGCCCGGGGCUAGAUUUCUGGAGGAAAUGGAUUGGGGCUCCUGUAGCAAGAAACAAGCAAAAAAACCACCCACCCUCCCACUUCAGUCAGGAAGACAGAAGGAAGGAAUGCAGGAGUUCCGCCCUGCGGAGAUGGUGAAAUGACCGGGUGUUGAUUGAUGGGCUCAUGAGAAACUUCGUUCUCAUUCGCUCUGCAACCUCCUCCAGGUUGUGUGGCGUGGGAAGGAGCACUCACUCUCCAGUGACUCCUGAGGGCUUGUACGAUGGGGAACGCUGGCAAACGCUGCGGCCGGCAGCACUCUUGGCUCCGCAAAUUGACUUGUAUGUACCCAAGGAAAUGUUGACUGCCUGCCAGCCAGCUGCGGCAUGCAGCGGCAGAGGCGGAUGCCUUGCACAGGGCAAUGGCUCGCUUCCCCGCAUCCUGAUGCUUCACGGCGUUGUGUGCCGGGGGGAUGUGUGGGGCAGCCACUGUCCUGUCUGAAGAGAUGCGUGCCCAGGAAUCCCGCUUGACCUGGCAAAGGUUUCCUUGGCACGAGAAGAGGGGUGGGGUGGGAAUGAUCCCAGCUCUUCUAUGCACAUUUAAUUGACAUCACCAGGGAUUUCCUUGCAUGGCCACCUGAGAGGUACCCUACCUGGACUUCUCACCUCCAGCUGCUGCUCCCCCUCCCACAGCCCCCUGUGCACACACACCAUGCCCAGGAGCUCAGCUGCCCUAGCGUAUGUGUAACAUCAAACCCUUUGCCUACUACUGAUACCUCACUUUUAGCUGUGCCUUUGAUUGACUGUUUGGUUGGUUGGUUGCUUCCUCUCUCUACCCAGGUGCUGGGACAGGGCCAGAUGAAUUCUCUGGAAUCACUUUGGAGAGAAAGAGAGCUUCCCACUAGGGUUGCCGGGUCUCCCAAGACUCGUAAAGACCAAAGCUGGCUCAUCUGCCCCAAAGCUGCCUCUUUCUCACAGUGGCCCCAAACAGAGAUGCCUUUGGGACUCCCAGAAGGCAGGGCAUGAGGGCAAGAGCCGUCCCUCUGCUGCCUCACUUCUGCCCUGCAAAAAUAGACUGCCUCUAAGCCUGGAGGUUCUGUUGAUAGCCACCUCCUCCUUCCCUAACCUUUUAAAGCCAUCCAAUGAGGCAGAAGGUGCCGAGCCUAGGAGCUUAAAGGGUGAGGCCUGGCCACUGGUGGGGCAAGAUGGGGCUUAGCACCGCACAGUGUGGGGUGGAGCAGAGCAGGUCUGGCUCCAGAUCUGAGGCGAGCCCCAGCCUACCCCAGUCUCGUGUCAUGAGUGUAUUUUUCCCAGAAUGCCCCUCCAAUGACCCUGUCGUGGGGCACUGUGGGAAUUUUGUUUCAGCGGGCGGCAGGCAGCUAUCAAACCACCACAGGGUUUCUGGCAACUGCGGUCAACCCUGUGGACAUGCGGGGGCCUCAGCGGCUGCCCUCAGGUGCUGAGUGCUGGCGCCAGCCCUGGGCAAAAAAUGGCACAUCUCAGGCGGCAGAGGUGUGGGAGUCAAGUUACACCUGCUGCCUCUGCGCAAGAGGAGUCAGAGCGAAGAACAAAAUGUUCUCAAGUCAAGCAGCAACUUUCCCCACUUCCCUCACUUGACCCUGACCCCUUCUCAUACUGAUCUAUUUUACUCCUCACCUCCCGUUAAUAAUUCGGAUUAAUCGUCUACUGUCACAAUCAAGAGGAAGAGUUGAGCAGACAAAUAAAUGCUAUCUACAUUGUUAACAAGGGACACGGGUGGCGCUGUGGGUUAAAUCACAGAGCCUAGGGCUUGCCGAUCAGAAGGUUGGCGGUUCGAAUCCCCGCCACGGGGUGAGCUCCCGUUGCUCAGUCCCUGCUCCUGCCGACCUAGCAGUUUGAAAACACAUCAAAGUGCAAGUAGAUAACUAGGUACCUCUCCAGCGGGAAGGUAAACAGCGUUUCCGUGCGCUGCUCUGGUUCGCCAGAAGCAGCUUAGUCAUGCUGGCCACAUGACCCGGAAGCUGUACGCCGGCUCCCUCGGGCAAUAAAGCGAGAUGAGCGCCGCAACCCCAGAGUUGGCCACGACUGGACCUAAUGGUCAGGGGUCCCUUUACCUUUAGAUUGUCCUGCCCCCCCCCCCGGCACCUGCUCUGGCCUUCUUCACUUGAAGACUCUGAGAAGGGAGGCUUUUCAGCCCCUGGCAACCUCAGGUCAAACUCCGCAAGACCCAGCAACCCUAUUUCCUGUUGAAGGAGGAAGUCUGCAUGUACACCAAUGCCACACACAGCCCCCAACCGGUUUGGUUCCACGCCUUCCUCUAUCGUGUGUCCUCCCACUCUUACCUCGCUCUUUUGCAACACAGGUGCGCACAUCUGUAAGAUGACAGGGCUCCCUUUUCUCUCCUUUUUGCAGAGCUGAGGGGAGUACAUGGCAGGGGGCGAGGGUGGGGUGGAGAGUUCGGUUGGCAAGGAGGGCUGCUGACUCUCCCCUCCUUGCAAUGAUGCCUAUGUUCCCUUUAGCAGUCGCAUGUGUCAAACAGGCGGAAUUUGGCCUGCGAAAUGUGGCGAUGCAGGUGUUGCCAAAUUUCCAACCGUGGCUGCUAAGAGGCAAAGGAGCCAAGUGGAGUUGGGAAAGCUAGCGCCCUGGGAGACGCUCACCACUGUCAGUUUGAGUUGCACAAAUACUUAUCUGAGAUAAACCAAAUAAAGCCAUAUCUAUCUAAUCUGUAGCUGCUGGUUUUUGUAAGAGGACUUCCUUAAAAAACACCUACACACAGCUAAGAUCUCUCUCAGACAACAUUUGAUUUGGUUGCGCUACGCUGAUGUAGGAAUUAGGCAAUGCUUUGUCUUUAGUAGAACAUUAUGCGAUUGUUGUUGACAUGUCUUCCCAUUAUACAGUACAUUGAACCCACACAUUUCACAGCCGUUCCUUAUCACUUUCUAGGUUGAAUCUGCAUGAGGUCUUAUCACUUCUCACCUCCCAGACUGGACUCUGGUGUAAUUAGCAAUUGCUUGACACCUGCAGUUCACCAAGUGAAGCCUUUUCUCCUGUUGCUGCAUGCCCUGUAUUGGGGGAAAAGCUCCUUUUGCCUGUCUGCUAAUUUAAAAGCGCAGGAGCCAAGCCGGAUGGAAAACGGUGGCUACCCAGGUUGUCACGGAGUCCUGAAAAUCAAAUUGUCGGAUGUCCAAUGAAGACUGGAGAUGAAACUGAAAGCAUAAAGAAGUCAGGAGGGGAUGGAGGGCUGAUGGGGUGGGGUAGGGAACCGAUUCUACUCAUUUGAAUCUGGCAAAAUGUGAAUUAUUUGCAGACGCUGUUCAAAACCAUGGAGGGCUCUUCAGUGCAAACUCUCAUUAACUGUAGGACGACCUUUCAGUGGGCUUGGGUGCUGUGUUUACCCCAAGAAGUUAGAAUUUUUAGGUGUGUCCUACUUAGCUGGGGUUGCUUUCCUUUGAAAAAAAUGUCACCGGACAAUUAUUGGGUGGGUUUCUUUUUUAAAAAUGGUGAUUAUUUAGAAAUAUACAGGUCUGUCAAUAUAUGGCAGUGAUGGGGAGCUGUUUUCAGACUGAGGGCCACAUUCUCUUCUGAGCUACCUUUCAGGGGCCACCUGCCAGGGGUAGGUGGGGCUGGAGGGGAACAAGGAGUGUGAAUUUUACCUCAGUAUAGGAGGCUAGUUUCUGUACACACUCGCUAUUGCUGAUAUUAAUAUUGUGCAGCAUGAAGUGUCUGGAUGCAUAAGAACUGGCUCGUUUUGGAAAGAAAGCAUUGUCCAGACCCAUAAAAAUAUUAUUCAGAGUUUACUUGCAGAACUCAUCAAAAAUGGAACAAAAAAACCCCAGGAAAUGAUACACCCAAAAUAUCCAUUAGAUCUUGGGCAAUGUCCAGCACAGGCUCAGCAUCUUCUUAGAAACAAAAGAUAAUUUUAAAAAAAAUCCAAACUGUGUCUCUUCCCCCAAAGCCUGCAUUCCAGCCCCCAUCGGCCUAAGGCUAUGCAGCUUUUGGAGAUCCAUUUGCAUCCUUUUGUUCUCUGUCGGGUUCAGAGAAACACUGAAGCCACCAACCAACCUUUCAAGAUGGCGGUUUUGGAAUCCCACACCUUCGUCACCUGAUCUAAGGUUACAAUACUCACCUGUUUGCUGGCAGGAAACAACCAUUAGUUAAUUUAUCAACUCAGCGGAAGCUCGGAGAGAGCUUGCCAUUCCAUUCCCUCCAACAUUUCUCCAAUGAAAAUAGGGACGUCCUGUUCCAUAAUAAUACAUAAUAGUUUUAUUAUUUAUACCACGCCAACCUGACUGGGUUGCCCCAGCCACUCUGGACGGCUUCCAACAUAUAAAAAUAAUAUCAAAACAUUAAAAAAUAAUAAUACAGGGCUGCCUUCAGAUGUCUUCUAAAGGUUGUAGCAUUACUUAUCUCCUUCGCUCAUGAGUGGCAUAACUCUAUACCCUCCAAUUUUUCUCAGAUGAAAAUAAGGAAAAACAGGACAUUCAGGGAUCAACUCAGAAACUGGGAUGGCUUCUGUAAAUCCGAGACUGUUCCCUGGAAAACAGGGACACUUGGAAGGUCUGCUAUUGUUUAGCUUCAGUGGAAUCUCCCCUUGUUAAACCUUUUCACCAGUACACAGACAUUCCUAUUUUGGUGUCAAUUCAGCCAAGACCUAACACUGACACAACCCUCUCUGCCCACCAUCCAGGACUGUGGAGAAUCUUGAAAGCCAGAGGGGGAGGCAUAGACAGCCUCAUUUGACCCCCAACGCUUCACUCUGAGCGCUGCCCCCCCAGUCCUGGUUUGCAAUAGACCCUGCUAACACACACACACACACACAGAAAGAGAGCUCUGUCUUUAUUUUUUUUUUAAUGAAAUGAGUUAAGCAAUUGGAUUCGAAUUCCAAGCAAAAGAAUAGGGCAAAUGUGUGGCUCGCAGUGUAAUCAGCAGCGGCUGAUAAGAUGCCACUAGAACGAGGUGAUCAGCAUUGUAAGGACGUUGAAGGAGAGAUAAUUGUUUUCAUGAAUGAGAUUUCUGUGCCAAGUAUUUGUUGAGGCCGAGUCACACAAAGUGUGCAAUUUGUUUAUGGAUUUGACAUGGUGCCAACUGUUUACAGCAAGGGUGCAUAACUAGGGCACCCCAAUGUUUUUCCCCCCUAGACUACAGAUCCCAUCAUCGCUGACCAUAGGCCAUGGUGGCCACCGGGUCUGAUGGGAGUCCAGCACCAUCUGGAGGGCCACAGCUCCCCACCCCUGUUCCACAGAGCACAGUAGAUUUGUAAAUAUAUCAGCAGCUUCAGACUGGAAUCCCCAUUUGAAACUAUUUUUGGGGAUUCUGGGGAAUGUGGCAUUAUACAUUUCUUCAUCCUAAAAACCACAUCAGCACUAUGCCUUUAAAGCGCUGUGAUACCAUUUUAAACAGUCAUGGCUUCCCCCAAAGAACCCUGGGAACUGUAGUUUGUUACAGGUGCUGAAAGUUGUUAGGAGUGGGGGGGCCACCAGGUGGCACGUUGGAAGAUGGCCGACAAUAACAUCUCUCUGACCCAUACGAGGCAAUUAAGGGGCUGCUAUGGGAAGUAUGCAGUCUUCCUACCCCCCCAGGAGACGGGGGGCGCUGCCUUGCCAGCGGUGUUCACAAUGCACCCCCUGAUCCAAGAGAUGGGGGUGCCGAACACUUGGCACGAGCCCUCGGUGAAGUCAGAUCUUCGUGACGCCGAUUCCAAUUAGCGCAUGCUGGUUAGCUUCAGCUCGGAAUUAUAAUUGGAAACAUACGAUUGGAAUGAAGCUGAAGCACAUACAUCAAGUAAUGUUCGAGAGAGAAGACUGCUGAUUAAUGGAUCUCUGUGACUGGGAGUGACGGAUGGAUAAGUAAAUCUUCUGAUGAAUCACCACUAGGAGACUGUAUGUUUGGAAUGAAGUGGGGGUGGAGGAAAAAACUUUUUUUUCUUUGCACGAUGUGAUAUUAAUAACCCUUCACCCCAGAUAGAAAUAAGAUCGUUGCGUUUUUACUAAUCACAAGGAGGAAUUCUAGAACUGUGUGGGAUGGAUUAUAACAGGACAGAGGAUUGGUGAACGGUGAGAAAAAAUUUUAUGACGCAGUUAAAAAAAUGGCGUCUCGCCAAGACAGGCUUGCCGGAGAAAGAAGGACAGGGGGAGGAGAUUCAGGAUCAUUUGAAAGAGAAGGAAUGUUGGAACGCAAGCUUGACCUGACAGAGCCUCCUGAUUCAUUUGAUUUAUUUGGCAAGCCUGAGAAAAGUAAAGGACAGACCGAAGAUUAUUAUUUUUUUUUAAUGGAAGCGUUGAACAGAGGCUGUCCCUGAGCGAUAUGAUCUUUGGAGAGUACAAAACCCACACAGAGGAUGCCUGUUUUCAAUCUGCUUGUGAAAAUUAUCAGAGAUCACAAAGAAAGGAAUCUACAAUAAUAACAAGAAGAGAAAGAAAGUAAUAAAGGGCUAUCUGGAUUGAACUGGAUAGAACUGUCUAAUUAAAGCAGUGAUAUAAGUGAUGUUUGGACUCGUUCGGAGUUUUGGACUCGUACGGAGCUUGAUGUAUGGGUACCCCCAAUAAAAUUUAAAAUUUGGCUGUAUAAUUUGGAACUAAUGUGAUUUGGAUAAUGUGAUGUGAUUGGCCUGUUAAUAAAAAUUAAAUUUUUUUUUAAAAAAAGAAAGUUGUUGGAGAAACACACGCCAUUCCCCUCACCAAAGUACAAUUCCCAGAGUUCCCUGGGCAGAGGGAUUGAUUGUUAAACCACUCUGGGAAUUGUAGCUCUUUCAGGGGAAUGGGGGGGGUCUCCUAACAACUCCCACCACCUGUAAUAAAUUACAGUUCCCAGGAGUCUGGGAGGGGAGAGGUCAUGAUUGCUUGAAGUGGUAUAAAGGUAAAAGGUAAAGGGACCCCUGACCAUUAGGUCCAGUCGUGGCCGACUCUGGGGUUGCAGUGCUCAUCUCGCUUUAUUGGCCGAGGGAGCCGGCGUACAGCUUCCGGGUCAUGUGGCCAGCAUGACUAAGCCGCUUCUGGAGAACCAGAGCAGCGCACAGAAACACCGUUUACCUUCCCGUCAGAGCGGUUCCUAUUUAUCUACUUGCACUUUGACGUGCUUUCGAACUGCUAGGUUGGCAGGGACCGAGCAAUGGGAGCUCACCCCGUCGCGGGGAUUCGAACUGCUGACCUUCUGAUUGGCAAGUCCUAGGCUCUGUGGUUUAACCCACAGUGCCACCCGCGUCCCUUUAAAGUGGUAUAAACAGCUUUCAAUUUCUAGCACAGAUAGGGUCUAAGCGUCCAUUAGACUCUCUCUGCUGUUUUUGCUGCAACGAAAACAAAGAUGACAGCUACGUUUCAGGAAUUUGGCAGAUUUAGGAAUGAGAGGUUUGAGGGAUGUCAAAAUCUAUUUAAAAUGGCAUGUUGGUACAUCGACUAGGAUAGGUUAUGGAAAACCCAUUGAUCAGUUAAAAAGAUGGCCUGGGUGGGGCUGAAAAAGAUUUUUUAAAAUGAAAUACAGUAAAUGUAACCAUGAUUAAUAAAUAAUGUGUGCAAAAACACCGCCUUGGUGGCUGGCCCCACCUCAUUCCUUCCUCCCUCCCACAUGGAAGAUGACAGUGGCCAGAAUAUGUGAUGACUUCCUAUUCCAUACUGUACUUGAAUGAUGAUCUGUCCCACAGGAAAGAGGAAUUCGGUUGAGGGUUGAUUCCACCCUACUACCCGCAACAGGGUCAUGUGCCAUUGACACGUAAGGCCAACAUUUUUGGGCCGGUAGGAACAUAAGGAACAUGCCCUCCAACAUUUUUCUGAUGAAAUAGGAGCGGUUUUGUAAUUUAUACUCUGUCUACCUGACUGGUUUCCCCUGCCACUCUGGGCUGCUUCCAACACACACACACAAAUUACACAUUUUUUUAAAACAAACCUUCUCUGUAUAGAGCUGCCUUCAGAUGUCUACUUAAGGUUGUAUAGUUACUUAUCUCCUAGGCCUGGGGGGGGGUUGCAUAACUCCAUAAGGUAAAGGUAAAGAGACCCCUGACCAUUAGGUCCAGUCGUGGCCGACUCUGGGGCUGCGGCGCUCAUCUCGCUUUAUUGGCCGAGGGAGCCGGCGUACAGCUUCCGGGUCAUGUGGCCAGCAUGACUAAGCUGCUUCUGGCGAACCAGAGCAGCGCACGGAACCGCUGUUUACCUUCCCAUCGGAGCGGUACCUAUUUAUCUACUUGCACUUUGACGUGCUUUUGAACUGCUAGGUUGGCAGGAGCAGGGGCCGAGCACCGGGAGCUCACCCCGUCACGGGGAUUCGAACCGCCGACCUUCUGAUCGGCAAGCCCAAGAGGCUCAGUGGUUUAGACCACAGCGCCAUCCACGUCCCAUGCACAACUCCAUACCCUCCAACAUUUCUUUGAUGAAAACAGAGAUGUCCUAGGGGAAAGUGGGACAUUCCGGGAUCAAAAUGAUGAUGACGACGAAGAUGAAACAGGACAUCCCUAUUUUCAUCGGAGAAAUGUUGGAGGGAAUGGGCUCAUUCGCCUAUGAAUGCCCCUGAUUCUGGCAAUAGACAUAAGGAUAUGUACAACUGGAGCCUAGUUCCCAAGCUCUUCCUCCUCUUCUUUCUAUGCCAAGAUGGCAAAAAACUGUGCUAACUCAGCACGCUUGGGUAUCAGUACUUGCACUGAAUUUAUGGAGAAGCUCAGACUCUUCUCUGGCAUUUCUGAGGGAGGUUCCAGGCCUGGGGAGAGAAUAGACAUUAAUCCACCCUUCCCCUCCCUGUUUAAUAGACCAGGUGUACACUUAAUUAGGUGCUUAAGAAGUCAGACAUCAGAAGAGCCGUGGCAGACUUUGGUGCCUUCCAUUUCAGACGUCCGCCGCCUGACAAUUUUCAUGACCAGCCUUGGUCCUCAAGAGCCCUGCUGGAUCACACCAAUGGAUCAUCUAUUCCCGUAUCCUGUUCUCACAGUGGCCAACCAGAAGCCUAUGGGAGGAGGCCGUGUGAGCUGGAUCUGAGCGCAAGAACACUUUCUCUGCUUGUGGUUUCCAGCAACUGGUUUUUAGAGGCUUAAUACCUCGGAAAGUGGAACAUAGCCUCGAUGGCUCCUAGCCAUGGAUAGCCUUGUCCUCCUUGAGUUUUCCCCGUCCUCAUUUAAAGCGAACCAAGUUGGUGCUCCACCACAGCCUCAUGUGGGAGGGAGUUCCAUAGUCUAACUAUGCGCUGUGUGAAGAACAGCAUUGUUUUAUCUGCCCUGAAUCUUCCAACAUUCAGCUUCUUAACCAGACCUUCCCAAUGUCCCUAUUUUCCAGGGACAGUCCCGGAUUUACAGAAGCUGUCCCUGUUUCUGAUCUGACCCCAGAAUGUCCCGCUUUUCCUUAGGACGUUCCUAUUGUCCACCGAGAAAUGUGGGAGGGUACGGAGUUAUGUGACCCCCGCCAAGCCUUUAGAAGACAUCUGAAGGCAGCUCUGUAUAGGAAAGUUUUAAAAUGUUUAAUGUUUCAUUAUUAUUUUAUAUAUGUUGGAUUCAGACAUGAAUCGAUUCAAAGCCUUUUCAUAAAAAAAAAAGGUUCGAUCAGAGCAGCAUUUAACAACAAUAACAAAAAGCCUUGUGCUUGACAUCUCCUGCAAUGUACCAUUUUCAGUGUAACCGCCUCGGGGCAGGAAGCUUAUUCUGAUUUUUUGUUUAUAAGGUAAAAGGUAAAGGGACCGCUGACCAUUAGGUCCAGUCGUGAUCAACUCUGCAGCGCUCAUCUCGCUUUAUUGGCCGAAGGAGCCGGCAUACAGCUUCCGGGUCAUGUGGCCAGCAUGACUAAGCCGCUUCUGGCGAACCAGAGCAGCGCACGGAAACGCCGUUUACCUUCCCGCCAGAGCGGUACCUAUUUAUCUACUUGCACUUUGACGUGUUUUCGAAUUGCUAGGUCGGCAGGAGCAGGGACCGAACAACGGGAGCUCACCCCAUCAUGGGGAUUCGAACCGCUGACCUUCUGAUCAGCAAGUCCUAGGCUCUGUGGUUUAACCCACAGCGCCAUCAGCUAAUCAGCAAUUUAGUCACUGCCCCAGUGAGCAGGUUUUAACAAUUCUUUCUUUGUGUUUUGCCCUCUUAACGGUCUUACAACACACCUCUUUUAAUCGCUUGACUUUUUUGCCUCGCUUGGUACAGAAAAAAAAUGUUCCAUUGCGGAAUGUUCUCUAUUUCAGCCAGGUGCGCCCUCUUCUAGGAGACACCAUUCCGUUUUAAGAAACUGCACAUUCUGUCAGAGGGAGGGUCUGUGUUCCCUUGAGAAUCAAGACGUGGCCGACCUGUUCUCUUGCAUUGCCAGUGGCCCCCAGUGACCCGGGUAUUGUUUCUUAAUGUCCUAGGCUAGCUCAGGAAUUCCUCUGUGGCGUGUAUUUCUCUUUUCCCAUCCCAAAUACAGUGGUACCUUGGUUCUUGAACGGCUUGGCUCCCAAAUGCCGCAAACCUGGAAGUAAGUGUUCCGGUUCGCGAACGUUUUUCGGAAGCCGAAGGUCCGACGCAACUUCCGCUUGAGUGCAGGAAGCUCCUGCAGCCAAUCAGAAGCUGCGCCUUGGUUUUUGAACGGUUCCGGGACUUCCGGAACAGAUUGCGUUUGAGAACCAAGACACUACUGUAAUCAAAAUCCCACUGUUUAUUUAUAUCAAUAUACAGUCACACCUCGGGUUACAGACGCAUCAGGUUGCGGUUUUUUCAGGUUACGGAUGCUCCAUAUUAAAAACUCCAUAUUAAAAGAGUGUGAGUGGUCAGGAACCACACAGAGAUGGUGAGGACAUCAUGUAGACCCCUUACUUUAACUGGGAGACAGGGAGGUGCAAAUGCAUUUAAGCCACACACAUUUAAGCCACAUCCAACAGUACAUUUUGAACACAUUGCUUGCACCACAGAAUCCUGGGAACUGUAGUACAGUGGUGCCCCGCAAGACGAAUGCCUCGCAAGACGGAAAACCCGCUAGACAAAAGGGUUUUCCGUUUUUGAGUUGCUUCGCAGGACGAAUUUCCCUAUGGGCUUGCUUCGCAAGACGAAAAUGUCUUGCGAGUCUAGAGAUUUUUUUUUUGCUUUCCCCCCCCUUUAUCUAAUCUGCUAAGCCUUUAAUAGCCUUUAAUAGCCUUUUAGCAGCUAAUCCGCUAAGCCUUUAAGCCUUUAAUAGCCGCUAAACAGCUAAUAGCGCUAAUCCGUUAAGCCGCUAAUAGGGUUGCUUCGCAAGACGAAAAAACCGCUAGACGAAGACUCUCGCGGAACGGAUUAAUUUCGUCUUGCGAGGCACCACUGUACACACACACGCACACGCACACGCACACACACAGCACUACCAUUCCCUGCAUCCUUAAACUACAGUUCCCAGGAUUCUUUUUUUGGGGGGGGGGUCAUGUGUUUUAAACAUGCAUAAAUUAAAUAUAUGGCCCAGUAGAUCUACCCAUAUUAUAUUCACCAUGGAGUCAGCGAGCUGUAUUUUUACAGAUGACGUUUCUGUAUAUGAUGGAAGCUGUUAAAGAGGGCGACCCAGUCAGAUGGGCGGCGGUACAAAUAAUAAAAUUAUUAUUAUUAUUAUUAUUGUUGUUGUUGUUGUUGUUGUUGAACACUUUUUCGGGCUUAUUUUUUUUGAGGGGGGAGAGCGGAGGGAUGAAAGGAGGAGGUUUUUGGGGGAGGCUUCGACAGCAGAUGACUGAUCACGAUUUACCAAUUAUUAUGAAUCACUAUUAAUUCCAGAGGGUGAGUGACAACGGGAGUCUCGGCUGCAGCAAAGAAAACUGCAGCAACAAUUGCAACCCAACAGAUCGAUUGGGGAGAGGAAGCAAAACCUUCCCACGCCGGGAGAAAUUUCCUUGUUUUAAGUUUCUUUGCAGGGCGGAUCCGACCCUGCGGCAACUUUUUUGCUCCGAAGCAAGCAACUGCCUCCCUCGAUCCUAGGCAGCACGCUUGCUCCCAAGUAAACGAGCCCCUUCAGCUCCCACGGGGUUAAUUGCUCGGCGGGUGCCGGGUGCAGGCACAGAGAACCCACCCCCGCCGGCAACACAGGUGUCAUGUGACCGCAGAUCAUGUGAUCAGCUCGCCUUGGGGCGGCUGUAAAAGUCCAGCUGCAAAAUCUUUGCCGUCUGCUUCCUGGUGGCUGCUGGAAGGGGAAAAAGACACCGACUCUCCUCUUGCUGGGUAAGCGGGUCUCUUUAUAUUUUUUAUCUUAUUCCUCAUGCUGGGGAGGGAUGCUUCUGAGCCUCCCCACUUUGCUUCCUGGCACAAACUCUUUUAUGAACUAGCUUAAAAGAAGGUUACCAGAUUUUUUCCAAUGAAUCCGGGAGACUUUAAAUAAAUAAAAUAAAAUAAAAUAAAAUACUACACGUUCGGGACGUUGAUGCUGCAGCGAUGGCGGUGGCAGAGGGGCAGCCGCUGCCUUGACCUCAACCGCCACCUUUCCCCUUCCUCUGAGGCUUCUGUCUCCUUUCUCCAUGAGCCUGGGCAGCCCCUGACUUGUUGGUUCUUCGGUGGUGGUGGUGGGUCAGGCAUGGAAGGCAGAGAAGGAGGGCGGAGAGCGGCCCCAAUCCCAUUCCUACUUGCGUGCAAGCAGGAGGGGGUGGGGUUCACGUUGCCUUUCGGCAUAGCUGCCAACCUUCCCUUUUUUGCGGGAAAUUCCCUUAUUUCAGCGCUGUUUCCCACUGCUAUCCCAGAUAGUUAGAUAUCCCAUAGACUGUCUCACAGGUGAGGCUGCUGAUCCCUUAUUUUCAGAUCCGAAAGUUGACAGCUAUGCUGCUGAUCCCUUAUUUUUGAGGCUGCUGAUCCCUUAUUUUUUUUUUAAAUGAUAUUUAUUAAGCAUUUUAAAAUUACAGAAAAAACAAAGAGACAAAGAAGGAAAAAAAACAAGGGAAAAACAAACCCUUAUUUUCAAAUCUGAAAGUUGACAGCUUUGCCUUUCGGAGCAGCCCCAUCCCAACUCCUACUUGUGUGCAAGCAGGAGGGGGCAGGGAUCUCUCAGGCAGUGCGAUGCCUCCCUUUCCAUUGGAGCAGCCCUAAUCCCGUUCCUACUUGCCUGCAAGCAGGAGGGGGUGGGGAUCCCUCAGCUGGGAAGGGAGGCUUCCCGUUGCCUACCUGAGAGAUCCCUGCCCCGAUUCCUCUUGCAUGCAAGUAGGAGUUGGGAUCAGGGUUGCUCCGAUAGGCAUCAUGAAGCCUCCCUUCACAGCUUAGUUGCUGGGGUCAGGGAAGGCGGAGGCAGCCCGGAAGCUGCAUCUGAGAGCCCCUGCACCACCAUCACAUGGGGACUUCCGAGCAGCUCCUGAAGCCAGCCAGAGCCAACUGCUCUGGGCUGCUGAGACUGCCGCUGCUGCGUUUCCCAGGGACAUUAGAUGAAAUCCGGGGACAUUCCAGGGAUGGAAUUUGUCCGGGGACUUAUUCGCAAAUCUGGGGACUGUCCCCAGGAAACGGGGAUGUCUCUAGCUUAAAACUAACGUCAAGUCUCUCACCCCCACCUCACCUCCUACCUUUAAAUAAUUAUUGUUAGGGUGGCCAUAUUCCAAAGGUUCCUGUGCAUUGUAACUAUUGUGUAUAGAAAAGGGGAUUCCGGCUUCUCUGGUGAAAUCCAGCUGCUUAAAGACGCCUGUCCCCCUAUUAUUAUUCGCCUUCCCUUAUAAUGCUUGUCAGUUCAUUAAUAGAAGGCGGGAGGUCUCUGCCCCUAGAUGCUUACAGUCAAAAAAUCGCUGCAGAAGAGAGAACACCCGAGGGAAUGGAGUGGGAAGGAGGCUUAGGUGGAUUAUUUAGAUUUCAUAGCGUUAGGCUUAGAUACUGUAGGUGUAGGAAAAGGAGAGAUUUGGAGGGAGGGGAGUCCCCACUGCUAUAUGUACAUGCUGUGUGAUUUAUAGGAGGUUUGUUGCCGUUUUCUACUGCGGGCCGGAGGGUCACCUCAGCAGCAUAUAUUCAAAGCACUAGACCAGCAUUUCCCAACCUUGGGCCUCCAGCUGUUUUUGGACUACAACUCCCAUAAUCCUCAGCUAGCAAGACCAGUGGUCAGGGAUGAUGGGAAUUGUACAGUGGUGCCUCGCAAGACGAAAUUAAUCCGUUCCACGAGAGUCUUCGUCUAGCGGUUUUUUCGUCUUGCGAAGCAAGCCCAUUGACGGAUUAGCGCUAUUAGCGGUUUAGCGGCAGCCGCUAAAAGGCUAUUAAAGGCUAUUAAAGGCUUAGCAGAUUAGAUAAAGGGGGGGAAAAGCGAAAAAAAAAUCUCAAGACUCGCAAGAUAUUUUCGUCUUGCGAAGCAAGCCCAUAGGGGAAUUCGUCCUGCGAAGCAACUUCAAAACGGAAAACCCUUUCGUCUAGCGGUUUUUCCGUCUUGCGAGGCAUUCGUCUUGCGGGGCACCACUGUAGUUCGAAAACAGCUGGAGGCCCAAGGUUGAGAAACACUGCACUAGACCAGCCUUUCUCAACCUGUGGGCCCCCAGAUGUUGUUGAACUACAACUCCCAUCACCCUAGCUAGCAAGGCCAGAGCUCAGGGACGAUGGGAGUUGUAGUCCAACAACAUCUGGGGACCCACAGGUUGAGAACCGCUGCACUAGACAGUCACAGUUUGUCCCCCCAAAAGAAUUCUGGGAAUUGUGGUUUGUUCAGAGAGUUGGGGGGAGGCCCCUAUUUCCCCAUAUGAUUCCAGUUAAAUGGAGCAUCCCUCUUCCCGGGGAAUUUCCCCCUUUGUGAGUGGGCAAGGUGCAGAGUGGGUGGAACCGGUUCUGCUUCUUCAGGCGUGCUGGGACUGGGGCAACAAACCAAAUCCUGUAAAGCCAGAUGUCAAACCUGGUGACAAAGUCCAGGAACAUAGCAUUGUAGAGUUGGAAGGGGACUCCUACGGUCAUCUAGUCCAACCCCCUGCAAUGCAGGAAUCCUUCACCCAGUGUGGGACUCGAACCCCCAACCCUGAGAUUAAGAGUCCCAUGCUUUGCCAGGUUUCUUCAACCUUUUCAGACCCGGGGCCUCUUUUAACCCAAACAGGGCUGCUGUCAAGGUUACUGAGGCACCGAGAUGCUUAAGGUCUUCUGCUGAGGCUCUUUUCCGUGGACCUAACUCAGUGUUGUCUACACUGACUGGCAGCAGCCCUUCAGGCAAGGGUUCCCACCCGCAAUCCCACCUGGAAGUGCUGGGGAUUUUGUUUGGGACUUUCCGCAUGUAUAGGAGAUGUUCUGCCACCGAGUUUAAAAGGUAAAGGGACCCCUGACCAUUAGGUCCAGUCGUGACCGACUCUGGGGUUGCGGCGCUCAUGUGGCCAGCGUGACUAAGCUGCUUCUGGCGAACCAGAGCAGCGCACGGAAACGCCGUUUACCUUCCCGCCAGAGCGGUACCUAUUUAUCUACUUGCACUUUGUGCUUUCGAACUGCUAGGUUGGCAGGAGCAGGGACCAAGCAACGGGAGCUCACCCCGUCGCGGGGAUUCGAACCGCCGACCUUCUGAUCGGCAAGUCCUAGGCUCUGUGGUUUAACCCACAGCGCCACCCUGCUGUAGAGGAAGGGCAAUGUUCUGUCUGAGGCAGUUUGUCCACCUUUGGUUCUCAACCCCGCACUCAGCUCUCACCUGUGCCUCCUGGAAGCUGUCAGCAUGUGACAGCAGCCAUACCCUGGGAACGGCUUUGAGUGAGGGGAGCCAAUGGGUCUCAAACCCUCGGUGAGUGAGGGGCUUCCCCCACAUGCAAAGACAGGCUCUGGCGGAUGGAGCGGAUGAGACCAGGAUUGGGUCAAGAAGGGGGUUUCUUCACAUGCUGCCGAGGGAAGUGAGGGGCAGAUUGGGCUCGUCCACUUGGGAAGGGAGCCCAUCUCAGAGAAGGAAACCUCCGAUCCUACACCUCCGCUGCCUUGUGGGAUAUUUUCAGGAGAAGAAAAGGCUGAGGAGUAAACCCUACACAAAUCCGGAGUAGAGUCCCUAAGAUUGGAAAGAAAAUCGUAAGAUUGUUGUUGUUCAGUCGUUUAGUCGUGUCCGACUCUUUGUGACCCCCUGGACCAGAGCACGCCAGGCACUCCUGUCUUCCACUGCCUCCCGCAGUUUGGUCAAACUCAUGUUCGUAGCCUCGAGAAUACUGUCCAACCAUCUCGUCCUCUUUCGUCCCCUUCUCCUUGUGCCCUCCAUCUUUCCCAACAUCAGGGUCUUUUCCAGGGAGUCUUCUCUUCUCAUGAGGUGGCCAAAGUCUUGGAGCCUCAGCUUCAGGAUCUGUCCUUCCAGUGAGCACUCGGGGCUGAAUUCCUUAAGAAUGGAGAGGUUUGAUCUUCUUGUAGUCCAUGGGACUCUCAAGAGUCUCCUCCAGCACCAUAAUUCAAAAGCAUCAAUUCUUCGGCGAUCAGCCUUCUUUAUGGUCCAGCUCUCACUUCCAUACAUCACUACUGGGAAAAUCGUAAGAUAGGCACAGUUAUAUUUGUGGGUCGAUGUACAAAGUCUGGGUCACAAAAGAGAAGAAGAAGAAGAAGUGAGAAUAAAAGCUGUCUUCCAGUAAAGUGAGAUGUGACAGGUAAAAGGUAAAGGACCCCUGGACGGUUAAGUCCAGUCAAAGGCGACAAUGGGGUUGUGGCGCUCAUCUCGCUUUCAUGCCAAGGGAGCCGGCGUUUGUCCACAGCUUUCUAAGUCAUGUGGCCAGCAUGGCUAACCCGCUUCUGGCGCAACGCAACAACGUGACGGAAACCAGAGCGCACGAAAACACUGUUUACCUUCCCCUCCGCUGCAGUAUCUAUUUAUCUACUUGCGCUGGUGUGCUUUCAAAUUGCUAGGUUGGCAGGAGCUGGGACAGAGCAAUGGGAGCUCACUCCGUCAUGGGGAUUCGAACCGCCAACAUACAGUUUGGCAACCCCAAGAGGCUCAGUGGUUUAGAUCAUAACACCACCCAUGUCUGGGAAUGUGACAAGAAUCUCCUGGCAAAUGAUUGUCUUGAAAAUUAUAGUUCCUGCUGUGGGGAAAGCUAUUUUUCCUUCUGCCUAAUAACAGUGGGUCACCAUUCUGCCACCAGGUCUGACGAUGGCUCACCUUCUUCCUCCCCUGUCUCUUGCGCACACCCACACCCGGGAUGUGUAGUGUCAUAAAAUGAGUGAAACAUCUGUACAUGACAUCUAUGAUAAUAAUAUUUACAUCCCGCCAGUCUGGUUGGGUUUCCCCAGCCACUCUGGGCAGCUUCCAACAGAAUCUUAAAUAAUAAUAACCUAUUAAACAUUAAAAGCUUCCCUAAACAGGGCUGCCUUCAGAUAUCUUCUAGAAGUCUGUAGUUGUUUUUCUCUUUGACAUCUGGUGGGAGGAUGUUCCACAGGGUGGGUGCCACCACCAAGAAGGCCCUGUGCCUGGUUCCUUGUAACUUGGCUUCUCGCAGCGAGGGAACCCCCAGAAGGCCCUUGGCACUGGGCCUCUCCCUUUGACACCCUUAGCUGUGGCCUUAUCAUGCCUAGGCUGGGGUGCGGCCUACCUUAUGUGGAAACAACCAACAACCUCCUGUUGCCAGGAGGAAAGGCUGUGGACCUACUUCCAGACUACGUGUUCGCUGAUUGGUUUGCUGGGAGCGUAGAGGAUGUCAGCUGCUUAAUGUGCGUCCAUAUUUCCCGCAAAGAGGGACUCCCUGUUUAAACCAGAGCUUUCCAAACUGUGUGUCGCGACAUGUUAGUGUGUCGGCUGCAGUGUGCAGUUGUGUCAUGCUAAUGUUCCCCACACUCCUCCCGGGGCUGGAAAGGGGCUAGUUUAACCCCUGGUUUGCUAGUAAAACUGGAUGACCACAUUGCGCAACGAUGCAUGUCUAAAAAUUGGGUCACCAACGUGAAAAGUUUGGAAAGCUCUGCUUUAAACCACAAUUGUAGUUCUGGAAGGGGAAUAAGGGGUGUUUCCUAACAGCUCUCAGCUCCCUUAACAAACUGCAUCUCCCAGAAUUCCUUGGGGAAGCCAUGACUGUCUACACUUCUAAUACAUUAGUACCUCGGAAGCCAAAAGCCUUGCAAUUUGGAACAUUUUGGCUCCUGAAUGCCGCAAACUUGGAAGUGAGUGUUCCGGUUUGUGAACGUUCUUUGGAACCUGAACGUCCAACGUGGCUUCCAAUUGGCUGCAGGAGCUUCUUGCAGCCAAUCGGAAGCCGCGCCUUGGCUUCCGAACGUUUUCCGUUCAACGGAUUCCAGCAGAGGUUAUCUUUUCUGAGAAUCCUCCGGAAAAACAAUCUCUCAAAGGACCUGUUGAUGGCAUUCUACCAUUGUACUGUGGAGAGUGCAUUAACUUAUGGUCUGUGUGUGUGGUUUGGGAGCUGCACGGUCAGGGAGAAAACAAUGCCGUCCAGGGUGGUAAAGACUGCGGAGAGAAUAAUUGGGUGCACUCUUCCCACCUCAGAUCAAAUCUAUGCUUCCAGGUGCCAUAAGAAAGCUGCAGUGAUAGUGCAGGAUAGUGCGCACCCCGGAAAUGAUCUCUUUCAGCUUCUGCCUUCUGGAAGAAGGUACAGGGUUAUAAAGACUAGGACUAGCCGCCUGAGAAACAGUUUCUACCCAAAUGCGAUUUUGGUUUUAAACACAGUGUAAGGAGUAUAUUGUAUUUAAAAAUGGGGUAUCAGAAUAUUUAGGGGGCUAACCAGGUUGGGAUAGCUGGGAUAGCAGGCUGGUUGGUUUUUGAAUGUCUUAUGUAGAUUUUUCAGUUUCGUUGUUCUGUAUGGGACAAUGACAAUAAAGAUUGCAGUGGUACCUCAGGUUAAGUACUUAAUUCGUUCCGGAGGUCCGUUCUUAACCUGAAACUGUUCUUAACCUGAAGCACCACUUUAGCUAACGGGGCCUCCUGCUGCUGCCGCGCCGCCGGAUCCCGAUUUCUGUUCUUAUCCUGAAGCAAAGUUCUUAACCUGAAGCACUGUUUCUGGGUUAGCAGAGUGUGUAACCUGAAGUGUAUGUAACCUGAAGCAUAUGUAACCCGAGUGUAAUGGUUGCUCGUGUGUAAAUCAGCACCACACCUGGCUGGGUUGCCUGAGUGAACCCUUUCUGUCCGGACAGCCACUCGCCCGUGGCUGUCUCAGUCGCUGGCAGAAUCCGUCAGUGGGCGUUUCUUGAACUUCUUCCAGCAAAGAAGUUCUUUGACGCCUAGUCUCCGCCUAGUCUCCCUGCGCGGAAGCCUUCUGCGCAGGGAGGGUGUGGGCAGCGGAGGACCCGUGCUCUCCCCGCUGGUCCCCGGCGAGGAGUCAUGGAGCCACCUCGCCGAUUCCCCAUCUGCCCCCUUCUCCACUGGUGCUACGCUGAUUUCCUUCCCCAGAAGAUGUGCUGCUUCUCUCCCUCCCGGGAUGCUCUCCGGAAUCCCUCUGGAGCCCUCCCUCUCCCCCUGGCUCCGAUGGCAGUUCCCUGACACCGAGGUACCACUGUAUUGUACUGUACCGUAUCGUAUAUGCCUUAAUUGGUGGGGGCUCUGGAUUCUGCCACAGCCCUUGGAGCCAAUGAUGGGUGCUGCCUUGUCUCUCAAGCACCAGGUAAGCUUGGUCCCAUCUGCCAGCCACCUCACACCCUGCAAAAAAGAGGAGACAGAUGUAACAGUUACCGUAUUUUUCGCUCCAUAGGACGCACUUUUUCCCCUCCAAAAAUGAAGGGGAAAUGUGUGUGCGUCCUAUGGAGCGAAUGCAGGCUUUCGCUGAAGCCUGGAGAGCGAGAGGCAUCGGUGCGCACCGACCCCUCUCGCUCUCCAGGCUUCAGGAAGCUAUCCGCAAGCCUUGCAAGCCCGGUGGGAGUUCCCGCGGGCUCACAAGGCUUGCAGGCAGCAGCCUGCAGCCCCGGCGAGUGUCCGCAAGCCUUGCGCGCCCGGCAGGAGGUCCCGCCGAGCACGCGAGGCUUGGGGCGGCAGCCUGUCGCCCGGCUCCCCGUGCUUCGGGCGAGUGUCCGCAAGCCUCGCGCGCCCGGCAGGAGGUCCCACCGAGCGCACGAGGCUUGGGGCAGCAGCCUGUCGCCCGAAGCACAGGGAGCCCUCCGGAGGGCUCCCGUGCUCGGGCGAGUGUCCGCAAGCCUUGCGCACCGGGCAGGAGGUCCCGCCCGGCGCGCAAGGCUUGGGGCUGCAGCUUGUCGCCCGAAGCACGGGGAGCCCUCCGGAGGGCUCCCGUGCUUCGGGCGAGUGUCCGCAAGCCUUGCGCGCCGGGCGGGAGGUCCCGCCCGGCGCGCAAGGCUUGGGGCUGCAGCUUGUCGCCCGAGCACGGGAGCCCUCCGGAGGGCUCCCGUGCUUCGGGCAGUGUCCGCAAGCCUUGCGCGCCGGGCGGGAGGUCCCGCCCGGCGCGCAAGGCUGGGGCUGCAGCUUGUCGCCCGAAGCACGGGAGCCCUCCGGAGGGCUCCCGUGCUUCGGGCGAGUGUCCGCAAGCCUUGCGCGCCGGGCGGGAGGUCCCGCCCGGCGCGCAAGGCUUGGGGCUGCAGCUUGUCGCCCGAGCACGGGAGCCCUCCGGAGGGCUCCCGUGCUUCGGGCAGUGUCCGCAAGCCUUGCGCGCCCGGCGGGAGGUCCCGCCCGGCGCGCAAGGCUUGGGGCUGCAGCUUGUCGCCCGAAGCACGGGAGCCCUCCGGAGGGCUCCCCGUGCUUCGGGCAGUGUCCGCAAGCCUUGCGCGCCGGGCGGGAGGUCCCGCCCGGCGCGCAAGGCUGGGGCUGCAGCUUGUCGCCCGAAGCACGGGAGCCCUCCGGGGGCUCCCCGUGCUUCGGCGAGUGUCCGCAAGCCUUGCGCGCCCGGCGGGAGGUCCCGCCCGGCGCGCAAGGCUUGGGGCUGCAGCUUGUCGCCCGAAGCACGGGAGCCCUCCGGAGGGCUCCCGUGCUUCGGGCGAGUGUCUGCAAGCCUUGCGCGCCCGGCGGGAGGUCCCGCCCGGCGCGCAAGGCUUGGGGCUGCAGCUUGUCGCCCGAAGCACGGGAGCCCUCCGGAGGGCUCCCUUGCUCGGGCGAGUGUCUGCAAGCCUUGCGCGCCCGGCGGGAGGUCCCCCGGCGCGCAAGGCUGGGGCUGCAGCUUGUCGCCCGAAGCACGGGGAGCCCUCCGGAGGGCUCCCGUGCUUCGGGCGAGUGUCUGCAAGCCUUGCGCGCCCGGCAGGAGGUCCCGCCGAGCGCGCAAGGCUUGGGGCGGCAGCCGCGGGGGGGAGGGGGGGGGAAUAAUUUUUUUUAUUCAUUUCCCCCCCCAAAAAACGAGGUGCGUCCUAUGGACCGGUGCGUCCUAUAGAACGAAAAAUACGGUAGUUGCCACAGAGAUGAGGAAGCAAUGGGGAAUUACAGUCUGGAACCAGUUCCCCAUAUCAGUCUGUGGUUUGGAUGUGACUCCAGAUCUCUGGAAUCCCAAGACUGCUCUGUGGUCAGAGGUUUAAUUGUACUUUAUUUGCUAUUACAAAUGCCGUGCCUUCCAAGGAGUACACGAUUCUCCCUAUUACAGUGGUACCUCGGUUCUCGAACGUCUGUUUCAGAACCCGAAUGCCAAAAACCUGGAAGUAAAUGCUUCCGUUUUCGAAUGCACCUCAGAGGUUCUGCUGCGUGUUUUUGAAUUUUCUCAGUUGAAUUUGCAGACAGCCCUUUGCGCCUCGGUUUUCGAACAUUUUGGAACUCGAACGGUCUUCUGGAAUGGAUUACGUUUGAGAACCGAGGUACCACUGUAUAUCCUCACUACAGCCCCAUGAGGUAGGUUAGGCUGAGGGACAGUGACAACAAUGACAACAAAAGCCAAAAUACCUUAAAUAAAAAUGGAGGGGAGCAGGAGGCCUUAGCCAAGGGGGUGUCUCUGAAUGCCAUGUUGCCACGGGGCACUUGAGUGCUAACCUAAGAAAACAAAGAAAGCAUAAGCUUUAGCCUUUCCUCAUUAAGGUGUUUCAACACUGUGAUUGUUUUUUGAAGCCUGAAUUACACGCGGUUUUCCAAAUGCCCCCUAGAAAUGGAUUCCUCAGCUCAGGAAGCUCGUUCUUAAAAAGAACCUGUUCCAAGUUCAACGUCCCCUAAGGAACUAAUUCCAGCACACGUCUUUCCCUUACAACAUGAGCCAGUUUGGUGAUAAAGUUAGUUCAAUCCAUCUUGAUAAUAAUUUUGAUUAGUUUUCAGUUACAUCCAAUAAUAGCCUCAUUAUAACAAUACCAAUUUAUAAGUCAAUUAUUAAUACCAAUAGUUCACAUACCAAAUUAGAAUCAUAGAAUCAUAGAGUUGGAAGAGACCACAAGGGCCAUCGAGUCCAACCCCCUGCCAAGCAGGAAACACCAUCAGAGCACUCCUGACAUAUGGUUGUCAAGCCUCUGCUUAAAGACCUCCAAAGAAGGAGACUCCACCACACUCCUUGGCAGCAAAUUCCACUGUCAAACAGCUCUUACUGUCAGGAAGUUCUUCCUAAUGUUUAGGUGGAAUCUUCUUUCUUGUAGUUUGGAUCCAUUGCUCCGUGUCCGCUUCUCUGGAGCAGCAGAAAACAACCUUUCUCCCUCCUCUAUGUGACAUCCUUUUAUAUAUUUGAACAUGGCUAUCAUAUCACCCCUUAACCUCCUCUUCUCCAGGCUAAACAUGCGCAGCUCCCUUAGCCGUUCCUCAUAAGGCAUCGUUUCCAGGCCUUUGACCAUUUUGGUUGCCCUCCUCUGGACACGUUCCAGUUUGUCAGUGUCCUUCUUGAACUGUGGUGCCCAGAACUGGACACAGUACUCCAGGUGAGGUCUGACCAGAGCAGAAUACAGUGGCACUAUUACUUCCCUUGAUCUAGAUGCUAUACUCCUAUUGAUGCAGCCCAGAAUUGCAUUGGCUUUUUUAGCUGCCGCGUCACACUGUUGGCUCAUGUCAAGUUUGUGGUCAACCAAGACUCCUAGAUCCUUUUCACAUGUACUGCUCUCAAGCCAGGUGUCACCCAUCUUGUAUUUGUGCCUCUCAUUUUUUUGCCCAAGUGCAAUACUUUACAUUUCUCCCUGUUAAAAUUCAUCUUGUUUGUUUUUGCCCAAUUCUCUAAUCUGUCAAGGUCGUUUUGAAGUGUGAUCCUGUCCUCUGGGGUGUUAGCCACCCUCCCAGUUUGGUGUCAUCUGCAAAUUUGAUCAGGAUGCCCUUGAGUCCAUCAUCCAAGUCGUUGAUAAAGAUGUUGAAUAAGACCGGGCCCAAGACAGAACCCUGUGGCACCCCACUAGUCACUCUUCUCCAGGAUGAAGAGGAACCAUUGAUGAGCACCCUUUGGGUUCAGUCAGUCAGCCAGUUACAAAUCCACUGAGUGGUAGCAUAGUCAAGACCGCAUUUUACCAGCUUCUUUACAAGAAUAUCAUGGGGCACCUUGUCAAAUGCCUUGCUGAAAUCAAGGUAGGCUACAUCCACUGCGUUCCCUUCAUCUAGCAGGCUUGUAAUUCUGUCAAAAAAACGAGAUCAGGUUAGUCUGACAUGACUUAUUUUUCAGAAAUCCAUGCUGACUAUUGGUGAUCACAGCAUUCCUUUCUAGGUGCUCACAGACUGUUUGCUUAAUGAUCUGCUCCAGAAUCUUCCCUGGUAUUGAUGUCAGACUGACUGGGCGGUAAUUAUUUGGGUCCUCUCUUUUCCCCUUUUUGAAAAUAGGGACAACAUUUGCCCCCUCCAGUCUGCCGGGACUUCGCCUGUUCUCCAGGAAUUCUCAAAGAUGACUGCCAGUGGUUCUGAGAUCACAUCUGCCAGUUCUUUUAAUACUCUUGGAUGCAGUUCAUCUGGCCCUGGAGACUUGAAUACAUCUAGACUAGCCAAGUAUUCUUGUACUAUCUCCUUAGUUAUUCUGGGCUGUGUUUCCUCUGCUGAAUCAUUUGCUCCAAAUUCUUCAGGUCGGGCAUUGUUUUCUUUAUCGGAGAAGACUGAGGCAAAGAAGGCAUUGAGGAGUUCAGCCCUUUCUGUGUCCCCUGUUUGCAUUUCACCAUCUUCUCCUCUGAGUGACCCCACUGUUUCUUUGUUCUUCCUUUUGUUACGAACAUACCCAUAAAAGCCUUUUUGGUGCGUUUAACCUCUCUAGCAAGCCUGAGUUCAUUCUGUGCUUUAGCUUUUCUGACUUUGUGUCUACACGUGCUGGCUAUUUGUUUGAAUUCCUCUUUGGUGGUUUCCCCCCUUUUUUAAUCUUAACUCAGUUAAAAGUUCUUUAGAUAGCCACCCUGGCUUCUUUAGGCACCUUCCAUGUUUCCGUCUCAUUGGUAUUGCCUGAAGUUGUGCUUUUGCUAUCUCCCUCUUAACAAACUCCCAGCCAUCAUGAACUCCCUUUCCUUUUAGUAUUACUGUCCAAAGGAUCUCACCCAGCACUUCCCUAAGUUUUAUGAAGUCGGCUUUCUUAAAGUCAAGAAAUUGAGUCCUAGUAUGCUUGGCUGCUCCUUUCCGCUGUAUAGUAAACUUAAGAAGAGCAUGAUCACUCGCGCCUAAUGAUCCUUCCACUUCUACCCCACUAACCAGGUCAUCAACAUUGGUUAGGACCAGAUCUAAAAUGGCUGUUCCUCUUGUUGCUUCUCCCACUUUCUGGACAAUGAAGUUGUCUGCAAGGCCAGUGAGGAAUCUGUUUGACCUUAUGCUCUUGGCUGAGUUUGACAUCCAACAAAUAUCCGGGUAAUUGAAGCCAGUGUGGUGUAGUGGUUAAGAGAGGUAGACUUGUAAUCUGGGGAACCGGGUUCGCUUCCCCGUUCCUCCACAUGCAGCUGCUGGGUGACCUUGGGCCAGUCACACUUCUCUGAAGUCUCUCAGCCCAGCUCACCUCACAGAGUGUUUGUUGUGGGGGAGGACGGGAAAAGGAGAUUGUUAGCCGCUUUGAGACUCCUUAGGGUAGUGAUAAAGCGGGAUAUCAAAUCCAAACUCUUCUUCUUCUCUGUUGUUGUUGUUGUUGUUGUUGUUAUUAUUAUUAUUGGCCUUUGGAAUGCCCUCCCAUCAGAUGUCAAGGAGAUAAACAACUCUUUGACUUUUAGAAGAUAUUUGAAGGCAGCCCUGUAUAGGGAAGUUUUUAAUGUUUGAUGUUUUAUUGUGUUGUUGAUAUUUUGUCGGGAGCCGCCCAAAGUGUCAGAUGGGCGGCAUAUAAAUAAUAAAAUUAUUAUUAUUAUUAUUAUUAUUAUUAUUAGGGGCCUUUGGCCUCAUCCAACAGAGCUCUUCUUAGAUUCUUACCUCUAAAAAGGAUAAAAAUAUAGCAAGUACAGUGGUGCCUCGCAAGACGAAAUUAAUCCGUUCCGCGAGUCUCUUCGUCUUGCGGUUUUUUCGUCUUGUGAAGCACGGCUAUUAGCGGCUUAGUGGCUUAGCGGCUAUUAGCAGCUUAGCGGCUUAGCAGCUAUUAACGGCUUAGCGGCUGUUAACGGCUUAGCGGUUUAGCGGCUAUUCAUGGCUUAGCGGCUUUAAGAAAAAGGAAACAAACUCGCAAGAACUCGCAAGACGUUUCGUCUUGCGAAGCAAGCCCAUAGGGAAAUUCGUCUUGCGGAAUGACUCAAAAAACGCAAAACCCUUUCGUCUAGCGAGUUUUUCAUCUUGCGAGGCAUUCGUCUUGUGGGGCACCACUGUAAAUAAAUAGAUGAUGGGAAAGUAUAAUUUAACAAAUCAUGUGGUUGCUCCAGUGAACUGAGCGUAUCAGAUUAUGAAGUGGAAAGCAGCAAAAACCUCAAUUCCAGGUGAUGUGGUGCCCCGUUAUAGACUCUUCAGCAGGUUGGGCAACAUAGCUGUCAAGUGUCCCUUAUUUGAAGGGACAGUCCCUUAUUCCAGCGCCAUGUCCCGCUCUGUCCCUUAUUGAUGGAUGUCCCUUAAAUGUCCCUUAAAUGAUAUCCCUUAAAUUUCAAAGAAAGCAGCUCCUCUCCCUUCCUCCCUGCCGGCCGCAAGUAAAUAAAUAGAUAAUGGGAAAGUAUAACUUAACAAAUUGUGUGGUUGCUCCAGUGAACGAGAUGUUUCACUCAGUUUAUGACACUACACAUCCGGGGUGUGGGUGUGUGCAAGAGACAGCAGAGGAAGAGGGUGAGCCAUCUUCAGACCUAGUGGCAGAAUGGUGAUCCACUGUUAUUAGACAGAAGGCAGCAAAAACCCCAAUUCCAGGUGAUGUGGUGCCCCGUUAUGGACUCUUCAGCAGGUUGGGCAAAACAAAACAAUAUUAACUUUUGCUUGCUUUGUUCUGAAAUAUUCGUUGAAAUUGGAUUAGUCGGAUGCUAGGGAAAGGAUAAUGAAGAUGAACAGCAGAGAAGUUAGAGAGCAGAUGUUUGGGAGUCUGCAGCCUUCCAGAUUCUGGACUCUAGCUCCCAUCAGCCCCAGCCAGCAUGGCCAGUGGUCAGGGAUGAUGGGAGUCGGAGUCCAGAAACAUCUGGGCGGCCUCAACCCUCUCCGUGACACGUGUCCUAAUCAAUCAGGGGUCACAUAACAGAGGUGUAAGGCAAGGAUGGAGGAAGCUGGUGCCUUCUAGAUGGCGUUGGUGCCAUUGGCUAAUCGUGAGGGGGUGAUGGGAGGGCACGAGGUUGGGGAAGGGUGUUGAAGGACACCAGGUGCUGUUAAGUGUGUGUGUUUCUUUAGCUUUUAGGGAGAGAAAACAGGUAAGUUGGCGCAUAUCUUGCUAAAUAUUGUUUACUCCGGGAGUAAUUAUUGUUUACUUCAAAAUGAUACACCCCAGAAGUAAUGGGCUAGCCAGCCCCACGUUGCAGGGCUGGUGGGAAGGGAGGGUGGCAGUUGUGGUCCAGCAACUUCUGGAGGGCCACAGCUGCAUCAUCGCUGUCCCAGACACAUGUCCCAACCAGUCAGGGAUCACAUAAUCACACUCACAGGGGUGUGGAGGAGGGAUGAACAAUGUGUGGCUCUCUGUAGACAGAUGCCAUCUGUCCUCGAAGCCGGAAUAUAACUGAUCGUCACCUCCUGCAAGAAGUCAGGCGAGAUCUUUGCAGAGAUUUGAUUUUGGAACGUUCUCAAAAAGCACUUGGGCAAGCAGUGGAACCGUCUGCCUACUGAUUGGCUUAUCUUUAUUGCCACUGUAGAGUUGCGGGCCCCUUGAUUUCAUAUGGAUACAGGGUGUGUUGACCUAGAAAGGGAAGCCAGGGGGAGGCCCAUUGCCCGCAGAAGGGGUGUGGCAAGAGUGGGUGAGUCAGCGGUGCAAAUAAAACUGCCGAGGGUUGGCAUGGAGGUAGGCAGUUGGCGGAUGAAUGGCACGGGGAGGGCACAACUGCUAAUCUGAAGCAGAGAGAGCGAAGCUUGACGGGUAGGUUAAAGAGCCAUGUGGCGCAACGAUUUAAACCAGAGAUGGAGAGCUUUUCGCUCUGUGGAUGUUGACAGACUACAACUCCCAUUGUCCCUGACCGUCGAUUGUGCUGGCAGCUGAGAGCUGGAAUCGAGCACAUCUCGAGGGACGCAGGUUCCCCAGCGUCGCUUGGAAAAGUGGGGGUCUGCGUGAGUUAUUGCCAGUGGGGGCGAGUAAGAUGAAAGAGGGGGAGCAGGCUAAUUUCUUGCGGAAAAAAUAAGAACAGGGCCUGUAACUUUUCAUUUCAUAUCUCAGGUUCUACCAGUGCUAGAAUCUCUCUCUCUCUCUCUUUCUCUCUCUUUUUAAUGCAAGAUGGGGAUUUGGGGCCUUCUGGUUCAUUUCGUUCAGGGGGCGUGGCCUGCGCCUUUUUGCCCCUCCCUCGUGACACACAUGAGGGUGAGCUAUGAGCCAAGAUGCUCUAGGUUCAGAGGCCGUCCCGGCUGUAAACUCACUAAGGACGCGAUCCCUGCGGUUGUUUCACGGUGUCGGUUGUCUUAGGUCAAGACACCCCCUUAUAGACUGGGAUGGACUUGCGGAAUACUUACAGUAAGCAUGCAUUUUUGACAGUAAUGUGGUUUAUAAGGGUGAUAAUUAUCAAUAGUUGUAAGUCAGCUAAGUUCUGGCUAGUAUAGACCAGGUAUGUCCAACAGGUAGAUUGUGAUCUAGUAGAUCACUGGACUGUGGUAGAUCAAUGGCUCUCCCCAAAGAAGCUCAAGAACAUAGGCCUGAUCCCCCCAAAACAGGGCCUUCCUUCUUAAAAAAAACCUCAAUCCUGAAUCCCUAAAAAACGGGGGUAGAUCACUGCGAUCUACUCACUGUUUUUAACUGUGAGUAGAUCGCAGUUUCUUGGGAGUUGGCCACCCCUGGUAUAGACCCACUGAAAUGCAUGGCUCCAAGGACUUGUGAUGACAGAUUUCAGAACGUGUGCUUUGAACAGAAUUAACACAAGCUCAAGGGCAGGACUAUUGACUGAAAUAAUUGGCAGGCUCAUUCAAUUCUGGAACACAUAGUACUUUCCUUAACAGAUAGGGAACACAGCCCAAGGAGAGCAAUUAACUUAAUCUUUUUAUGUUCAGGUAGCCUCCGUGGCAUGAAGAACAUUGUUUGGGUUGAGGCUGAUGCACAGACAGUGAGCAGCUGCCGUUAUCCAUGCCCUGGGAACUUCAGCGCUUGAUUACUGCAAUGUGUAUUACGUGGGGCUGCCCUUGAAGACAGAUGGGGAACUGUAGCUAGCCCAGAAUAAGCAUGCUAUGUUGCUAACUGGAUCUGGAGAGGAGCGCCUCUCUUGCUGGUAUUGAAGCACAUGUUCUAAAAGGAAGGAGGGUUUUCCCCCUUCAGGAAGAUGGUUUUAUGCUCAGGCAAAUGCAUGCAAAUUAAGCUGACCAAUCCAUGUAUCGGCUCAACGCAUGCAAUUAAUCCAGGUGAGAUUUCUCUUGGCCGGGUGAUGACUCAGUUGGUUUUGUUCUUGCUGUUAUCAAUUCAUAUUGACUAGUUGGAUUCUUUUGCGCCAAAAAUUGACCCGAAGCGGUAAAGAUGGAAAUAGCAAGGUCAUUGAAAUUAGAUAUAAUAACAGUCACAGAAAUAUCCAUCUGAAGCAGGGUGGAUUUGAUUUAAAUUGGACUCGGAGGCUGCACCUGAGGAAUCCCAGCCUGCACAGGAUUCCCCGGCUCCAGAACCUGCUGAGCCGGGGCUGGGGCCUGAGCCUGAAGGGUCCUCAUCUGUGCUGGAUCCUCAGGUGCAGGCACCAGCUGAGUCCGCUCUGGCUCCUGAGGUGAUGGAGGACCCAUUGCCUGCAGGUGCUCCACUCUCAGCCCCGUCAGGGGAGGCUGAGGUUGCCUCUGGGUCUGGUAACCCUCCAGCCUCUCUUGAGCUGCAGAGGCUCAGGGCAGAGAGGCGGAGGGAACUAAGUUCCAGCAGGAGGAGUGCUCGCCUCCAGGCCAGGAGAGGCGAGUCACCUGUGGACCGGGGCCGCCCUAUGCCUCAGGGCAGAUAAAAGCCAGCCAGCCCUAGUCCCAAGUUGCAGGAGCAACGUUGUUGGUAGCCAGUUCCUGCCUGCACCCUGACCUGCCAAAUCUCCUGACCUCACCCAACUCCCUGCCUUGGACCCAGCUUCAGCUUUGAUGGACGGCCUCAAUACUGCACCCUUGACCUCGGUCUGGACUCGGACCUCGCCUCACAGAAACCCACGGGACCAGCACAGGGGCAAAAGUGGAAUCAGCUGCGUAUGGCGCCACCUACUGUUGGCUCCCUGCCUUCCGCUCUCCUAGUCCUAAAGGGCGCUAGCAGCCACCGUGGCGCAAUACAUAUGCAGUUUUUGAUCUUUGUCUAUAAUGUCUUCCUACACGUUACCUGACCGGAGAACGGCAUUGCAAAAUUCACAGAGGCAUGCCCUGGCUAUGUUUCGGCUCGCCUGCAGUUUUCAAAAGUGCAGAUUAGGAAGAGCUGCUUUGAAUUGCGAGCUGGAUCGCAUUUCUACGCCACCCGCCUUCCCGCCGCUGGGUCAAGCUGGUAUCUGAAGAAAACAGGAGGCAACUUUAGACUGAGUCAGGCUGCUGUUUUUGUUGUCAUGCCGGUUUCCUUUCCAUUUCAUCACCCACCCUUCGCCCCAAGGACACAGUUAUAAUAAUAUAAUAAUUUAUUCUUUAUAUCCCGCCCAUCUGGCUGGGUCCCCCCAGCCACUCUGGGCGGCUUCCAACAAAACACUAAAAUACAAUAACCUAUUAAACAUUAAAAGCUUCCCUAAACAGGGCUGCCUUCAGAUGUCUUCUAAAAGUCUGGUAGUUCUUUUUCUCUUUGACAUCUGGUGGGAGGGCGUUCCACAGGGCGGGCGCCACUACCGAGAAGGCCCUCUGCCUGGUUCCCUGUAACUUGGCUUCUCGCAGCGAGGGAACUGCCAGAAGGCCCUCGGCGCUGGACCUCAGUGUCCGGGCAGUUGCGGCAAUUAUAAAAAUGCAUUAAAAAUUAGUUUAAAACAAAUUAGAACAAGAUGUGCCCUAAUCUGUGCUUUCUUCCUAGAAGAAAAGGUGCUGAAACUCCCCGCGAAUGGACCUUUGUUCUAGUACAGGUGACUCCAGCUUUAUGCAGAGGUUCUGUUCCAGACGCCUACGCACAUACAUGAUAUUGCGUGUGGUGAUGAGCGGGGAGGCUCCAUCCUUAUGCCCCAGCCCUGCCUCUCCAGCUCCAAGCAGAAAGGACCAGGACAGCUUUCCCAUGUGUCAGCUGUUAGCCGAGAAGCUGUGCUGCCCAGCUGAGGGGUGGCAGUGCUGUGCUCUGGCAAGCUCCAGCUAAAAAACACACACCCCUGAUCUGAAUAUUUGAGUAUUUAUCUCAGUUGUCAAAGACCCGGGUAAAUGGGCGCACCUGCAGCAUUUAUCAGCAUACAUCGCCCUGCUGCAAACGCAGAAGAGCCCAGACUCGCUGGAACCAACUCUGGGUUUGGGGCAACUGUCUAAAAUGCUUUAAAGGGUUUUAAAAGUCUCUUCUCCUUGUGUGCAGAUGCAAAGAGACAUCACGGUGGACCUCGUUCUCCCUGGUCCAUCCUCGCCCAGCCUUGACACCGUUUGGACUCCAGCGCCACGAUGGGGUUCUGCCGAGCCAGACUUCUGGGUUUGCUCUUGCUGCACGUAGCAGUUGGAGUGAUGGGUGAGUAAGACGCUGGUGAAGCUGUUUGCGCGCUGGGGAGAAAAUCACCAAGGACUUGUGUAGAGUUUGUUAUUUGGAGAUAUUCCCUAAGUUCUGAGAAGUCGGUCAGUUGACAGCCUGAACCAAGAGCCUAGUUGCUGCUGCACAGUUUUGACCCUGGAGGCUCUGAAGAGUAAAGCUGUUUCUCAUUCCUCUAGUCCAGCGGUUCUCAACCUGUGGGUCCUCAGAUGUUGGCCUUGCUAGCUAGGGGUGAUGGGAGUUGUAGUUCAACAACAUCUGGGAACCCACAGGUUGAGAAAGGCUGCUCUAGUCUGUUCAUGGGCCCAGAAUCAUUACCUCAUGUCUGAAGUGCAGAAUGAGGUGUACCUAGAACCAGCUGGGAGCAGUUUUCUGGAUGCACAGCUCAAAACAGCUAGAUGCUAAGGCCACAUUCAUUUAAAACACUUUAUCACUUUAAACAGUCCUGGCUCCCCCCGCCACAGAAUUAUGGGAGCUGUAGUUUGUCAAGGGUGCUGAGAGUUAUUAGGAUACACCCAUAUUCUCCUCCCAGAACUAGAAUUCCCAGAGUUCUUUGGGAAGAGGCAUUGAUGGAGAAACCACUCUGGAAUUUGUGAGUCCUCCUGCUGCAUUUCCUCACCAGUGGCAGAGGCCAAAGUGCGCUUGCCUCUGAUUCUGUGGUUCCAGGGCACUAUGCCAUUUUUAAAAAUUAAAUACUCUGCAGGAAUACAGGCAGAGGGCCUUCUCGGUAGUUGUGCCUGCCCUGUGGAACGUCUUCCUGUCAGACGUAAAGGAAAUAAACAAGUAUCUUGACUAUUUUGGGACUGCAUUGCCCGGAGCAGAGCAGAAUAACUAUUUCAGGUCAACUGUUUCAGAGGACCGGGAACAUCAGUAUACAACAAGUGGGACCUGCAACCGGAUGAUGCAGUGUAAACAGGGCCGUUCCUAAAGACGUGCAGAGCCCCAGGGGUCAGUCACACUGUUUGGGGGUAGUGGCCCGGUAUAAUGUGUGUACCGUAUUUUUCGCUCCAUAAGACACACUUUUUUCUUCCUGAAAAGUAAGGGGGAAUGUCUGUGCGUCUUAUGGAGCGAAUGCAUGGUCCCUGGAGCCGAAUUGCCCAGGGGCAAAAAGCAGAUCAUGCUCUUUUUUUGAAAGAGGGAAGUGAGUGUUGAAACAAAGCCGCUGAUCGUUUGCCGCUCGGGAGCGAGAUAGGGAGGCUGCCUGGGGGGGGGGGGGGAGGUAAAGACAGCAAACUUGCAAGGAGAGGAGACAGGAAGACUAAAGCAAUGAGGAGAGAAAUUAGAAGAAAAGGAGGAGCAAAAAACUGCUCCGGCUAAGGAAAAGACACUAAGGCAAACAAGAGGGAAGGGAGUGUUGAAAGGAAGCAGCUGAACAGUAAGGGAUCGGGAGGGAGAUAAGGGAGGCUAGCAACAAAGGAGGCUGCCUGAGAGCGGGGAGGUAAAAGCCCAUGGAUCCUCAGGAUUUUUACAUUGGGUCACCCCAAAUUCACCAUCAGAUCACAUAGCAUGACCAGUAUGAUAUAUCAUUUGGGGGUUUUUUCCAUGCUGAGUCUCCUUGCAAGGGCUGCCCUGUCCUCCUUCCACGUCUGUCUUUCCUGGAGGGCCUCGGAGUGAAGAUGUGGGUCUUGCUCUGCCCCACCCAACAACUGACCUCUUCCUUAUCCCAUCCAGGUAG